CAGACAUUAAAGAUGCGCAAACAAAACAACUUAUAUACAAAUAAGCACUGAAACCAACAAAUAAUCAGUAAUUAAUUUUUUUUUGAUGGUGAAGGUUUCUAAAUCAAUUUUAGCCGCUGUAUCUUUAAUCUUAACGUUCGUUCAAACUGCUAAGAACUACAUUUCCCAGCAUACCUUUCGGCUUAUCAAGAUGGUGGCGCGCUGCACCAGCUUCAGUUGACUGGUUAUCUUUAUGUAUAUUUUGCAGCGAUGUUGAAUUUAUUUGUGUUUGUUGUGCAUUGCAUAUGUAUUGCGUCUGCUUUGGAUUCCAAAGGUGAGAUUAUUCAAAGUUUAUUUGAUUAAAAAAAACAACUUAACGUCCCAAACUUACGAACAGAAAUGUUGUUGUCUGUUAGCAUGUACGGUUAGCUUCAUCCGCAGGUGACCUGAGGUUGAGAAUCCAAGAGUUUACUUCCAGAGUUUUACGAAUUACAGUCUAAUUUACUGUUAUCACAUAAUAAAGUUUGUUUUAAACUCCACGUAUCUGAUAAUAGAGGAUUCAUUGUGGGGUGUUUUUACUCUCCAGGGUCUCAGAAAGUCCACAGUCCCACUGAGACCUACUUUAUGUGGACAUGGCACCACAGGCUGUACCUGUACUCAGCUGCUGCCCUCAUCUUUGGGCUCUGGUUCUUGGUGAAGAUGGCACUGAAGAGGGUGAGUUGUGUUUAGAUACUGCUGUUGUAUAUUAAAGAAACUCUAACAGUCUGUAAUCUUUCAUUUCAUCCUCUGCUUUUCUCUGUGUUUUAGAAAAGUUUCUCCAAAGAUGUUGGAGCUUUGGUCUACAAAGCUGUGAGGAAGGAUGAGAACUCCAGUAAAGACACUGUGGUUCAUGUGUCUGCUGUGAAAAUCUUCUAUGGUUCACAAACUGGAACAGGAAAGGUACUGAAAACCAAACCACCCUUACCUUUUACCUCAAUCUUACUGUCCUUUUAGUCUUUGUUUUACUUUAAUCUUUUCUUAUCUAACCUUUUAGGCCUUUUAUUGUUUUUUUCUUGCCUAUUUUUGUUGUUCCAUUUUAUCAUUAUUAUUUUAUUGUGAUGUUAUUAUCAUUAUUAAUAUCCUCUUUUUAUAAUUACUAUCCUGUUUCCUGCUUUAUACCUCUCAUUUUUUUAUUACAUUUCUUUUUCUCACCUAUUUUAUGUUUUUAUUUUGGUCCUCAUGGUCUCACUUUAUGUUGUAGUGUCUGUGUUUCUUAUAACAAAUGAAAUUGGCCUUCAAUUUGGACGCCUUGUUUUUAACUGAGCUUUUGUUUUUUAUUUGUUUUUAUUUCCAUGUGCUGAUAAUUUGCAUAUGUUUGUCAAAUCACUUUGUAAACUUCUGUUUUUAAAAGUGCUAUAAAAAUAAAGUUAUUAUUAAACAAGUUAUUACCUACCUGUGAUGAUAGCAUACAGACAAUAUAUAUAUAUAUAUAGGAGCCAUAAUGUUGCUUUGCUGAUCGGUUAUCCUUGGUUUUGCUGUGUUUGAAAGCUGGUAGGUUAUAUAAGUGACGGUCUCACCUGCACUGGGGUGGAGAGGUGAGCUUAGGUAGCUGUAACGUUUGUUGACCGUGCUUCAUGCUCUUUGUUUGCUAUGAUACACGUCACUAAGUGUGCACAUAUUAUAUCUGAUGUGUCCACUGCAGAAGUGUUUUCAGUGUUAUUAGAGCUACAAAACUGAGAUGAAAGACGCAAUAAUACACAACAGUAAAAUACGAGCAAACAGAACGGCAGUGUUUAUGAUUCUUUACCCAGCAACAUUUAUUAAAUCUUAUAAGUCUUAUGAUGAAGGAUUUCACUUUUUUCCCAUGUGUAAGCUUAUGUUUUACCCUUAUAUGAGCCAAUCAUCAAAUGUUAUAACAUGACGAUUUAUAAUUGUCUAAUGAGCAAUAACUGUGACUUUUCAAUUAUCCAGAGCUUUGCGAAGGAGCUGUCAGAGGAGGUGACGACUUUGGGAAUUCCAGCAGAGGUGAUUGACAUGAAAGACUACGACCCAGACGAUCAACUUGCUGAUGAGGUAAGCCGAGCCUUUAUGGAAGGUGUUUUUUUGAAGUAAGUGAGUACAGACAUCAGCCUGAAGAAAUGAAAACUCUCUAACAUGAGAGUGCCAGCUCCAGGGGCUGUUUCUUAAAACCCCGCCGGCUUUACAGCUGCUUCUGUGCCCGUAACCCUUAAUUUUACCAGCGUAUAAUUGAAGUGACUCAUUAAUUGUUGCCUCUCUGUUAAGAGGAUAAAUGUGCUGUAUAGACUGUACCAAGAAGUUGCUCCGGAGUGUUAAUUAUAUCUUUAAAAUGUUACUUCAAGCACCCUCGUCUUGGCAACAUGCACUUACAGGGAAGGUCUAAUUAGAGCAAAAUAAAUCAAGUCAAAUUAAUAACGAGCAUUUAUUGUUUUUUCUCCUGUUAAAAGCUGAGUGACAAACAAACAGUCGAAUAAGCCUGCAGCGGUUUAACGUUCCAGCUCAGCGUUUCCUUCAGUCAGUUCUUCAAACAGCUGCCACAGCAGACAAAUGUGUUACACUAAUCCCGCUCACCAGAGAGAGAUGGAUUAUUUUUGUCUGUGUCCUCUUUUCAUUUGGUGAGCUCAGACACCUUGUAAUGCAUUGGGAGAUGAAGAGGAGAGUUUGUUUGAUGUACAGCCAGAGAGAAAAGAGACGUUUUUUCAGAUGGACAGCGAUACAUUUUUGUCGAUUGGAAACACGAACACACAGCUGAUCCUCAGUCAGUGCACUCAAUCAGGAACCGGCCAUCCGUCAGGUCGACACAUAGAGGUUUGCCAGCAGAUAAGAGAGUUUAUUUUGAAUUUAGUCUCGACUGAUUUUCUUUCAUUUAAUGCAUGAAAUUUCAGCCGUGCUUGCUGAGUCAGCAGAGUCCUCAGCAUGCAAUCAUUUGAAAGAGGGCAGCGAGAGGUAAAAAGCUGUUUUUGGCAGCCGACUUGUAGUGCACUUUUCCAGAUAUCCAGAAUAGAAGUUUCCUGAAAUAGCGAAGAUUCAAGAUUCAGGACAUUGUUGUUAUUGGGCGACACCAGAACAGUCAGAGCAGCAGCACAGAAAAAAACAAUUAACAAAAACAAAAAUUAGAGUAAAACAGUCAUGUCAAAACUAGAUUACAUGAAUCUGCAGGCUGAUUAAUGACAUUUUCACAGGGCUGAUAUCACUAUCAUAUUUUCUCAACUACUUAAAAUUCCCAAACACAUUACCUACCUGAAAUGGUGGAUUUAUAUGUGACUUUUUAGAGCUUUCAUGGCAAUAUUUACCCCGGAUUUCACAUAGAUAAUAAAUUCAGUAAGAAGACUUUUGUCCACAGGGGGCGCUAAAACUGACACAAACUAAAAGUUCCUCACCGGAGCUUUAAACGUCUUUAUUGUAUUUAGUUUCUUUUUAUUUCAUAUCCUCUGUGGUUGAAGUGUUCCCUCUAAAUAAAACGCUUUGACCUUGUCUUCCUCUACUAAUAAAAUCCCUUUUUUAAAUGUUUAUUUCUGUUUAGUGCACCAACAAGUCGGUCUGCGUGUUUCUUGUGGCGACCUACACCGAUGGACAGCCCACUGAGAACGCUGAGUGGUUCUGUAAGUGGCUGGAGGAGGCGUCCACCGACUUCAGAUAUGGGAAGACUUACCUCAAAGGCCUCAGAUACGCCGUGUUCGGUCUCGGCAACUCUGUCUACGUCGGCCACUAUAAUACGGUGAGAGUUUGUUCCACCACAGACAGACUGCUGAGGUAGAAAGUUUGUCAUCUAAAGAUUAUUCAGAGCUCCAGAUUCAAGUUUUUUUAACACACAUCUUCUUAAUUAUUGUUCACCAUUCAGUUGCUGCUUUAAAGGUCAUUACUGAACUGAACUUGACCUCAACAGGUGGGUAAAAAUGUGGACAAGUGGCUGUGGAUGCUGAGCGGUAUGCGCAUCUUGACCCGGGGAGAAGGCGACUGUAACGUGGUGAAGAGCCGUAACGGCAGCAUCCAGGCCGACUUCCUGGCUUGGAAGGUCAAAUUCCUGAAGCGGCUGCAGGCUCUGGCCAAAGGUGAGAAGAAGAGCUGCAGCGGGAACUGUAAAAGUGGAGGAACCUGCAAGAACAAGAAGAAGGAAGAGGAGCGUCAGGAGGAUGAAGAAGAGGAGGUGCAGAAGAACAGAUCGGAGGUACGAAUGGAGGCACACUGUGAUGAUGUUAAAAUCCUGUCUUUGUGGUGCAGCAGUUUGACUCACUGGUGAUUAAAACUUCCAAAGUUUGUUUAGCCCUCGUUUUUGGUGACAGUCUGGAUGAACCAGCUGUCCAGCUGAAGUAUCAGUGAGCAAAAGACGAACUUCCUUCCAGCCUCUAAAUCAGCGGCUCAGAUGAAGGAUGAAUAUUUAUAACUCAGGUUCACUGAUCUGGCCAGCUGUCCAACGCCUUUUGCACUUUAUAUCUCAGUUUGUAAAUGAAGCAGUGCAUCCCACUGUAGUGUAACAUACCAGAGCACAUCUUAGUGUUAGGUUUGUUUGUUUGUAUUGAGUGAAAUUGUUGUAAUAUUGAUUUUAGCAGAUAUGAAGAUUUCUGCUGUGACCUACAACGUGACCUCAGCCAGAAAAUGUCAAAGACAGCAGUUAUAAGUGGAAGCAGAUACUCUCCAGACUUUAAUGAUGUGAAUUGUUUCAGUCAUUAACCGUACAUGAUUAAACGAGGCUGCAGUAGCAGCAGCAGCAGCCUUGCACAGACUCAUAAACAAGCUGCAGCCUUGGUUUUUACACUGAGCGCCGCUCUAAUAUCAACUCUGCGGCGCCCUCCGACCCUGGACACGAGUCAGCAGGUGAAGAUUAUUAGUUAAAGCAGGAAGGUGAAAGGCUGAGGUUUAAUUAGGGAAGUGUCCUCUGGCUUGUGAUGAUGUUUUCCACAUUACAAGGGCACUUUAUCUCUAAACUCGAACCCCGGAGUGGACUAGCUGAGGCUGAACAACCUUGGCGCUGUGAUGAAAAUCUGACGGGUGAGAGAGGAGCUGUCAUUCUUUAUGAGUCCUGUUUUUAGUGCGGCUGCUGCUGCUGCUGAUUCUGUGUAUUUCUCAGUGAAUGUCCCCGAAGGCUGACACAGAGGAGCGUGUCAUCUCUGUCAUGUCAAAAUAAGAGAACAGCACUUUUUUCUUUUUUAAUCGCCAGGCCAUGAAAUGACACAUUUCACAUAGACGGAGUAGAAACACACAAACAUGCACACACCAGCAGCUUUCAUACUCAUCACAGUACACACACAUGACUGGUUGUCAUGGUAGCAGCAGGCACCUUUAGAGCCAACUCUAGCUGAGACUCUGUCCCCUCUAUCUGCAGCACUCAGUGCACUCAGCAGAGGUGACAUUCAGGCGGAACCAAACACGGUGGUGAUUUAUCUGCCCACUGUACUCCUCAUGUUGGGAAUGCAGGAGCCGGUCAUCUGUGCAGCACUCCGAACACAAAGUGAUAAAUCCCAUUAAACACCAUAAACAUGCUCAUGCUUCUCCUAUUUAAUCAGGCAGAGCAAAGACGAUUACUGCGCGCCGUGAAUGUGUUCCAUAUGGGCUCCCUCUCUUAUGCAAUUGUGGACAGGUUUUUAAUUAGUUCUGGGUGGGAUGCUUCAGUGAUGGAGGAUCAUUUUCUCUUGUGACUUUAUUAUUAUCGUGCCCUUGAUUUUAUUAUUAGUUUAAAAUAAAUAAAUAAAUAAAAACUUUCUUCUUUCUUUGGAUUUACUCAGUUUUUACCUCUUUUGUUGUUUUCAGGAGGAUCUGCUGGAGUCCAGCAGCGAUGAGGACGAGUCUGGCCUGCAAGAAGAGAAAAGGUCAGGUUCGGUGGUCGACAUGGAGGAUCUGGGCAAUAUCAUGAGCAGCGCCAAGAAAGCAAAGGUCAGACUGCCCGGCUGCAUAGUUACACCAUUUUUAUACAUGAGUUCCUGUCUGUUUAGUUCAAUCAAUAAGUAUAAGACUUAUUCCUCUAGAGCUCCGUGAGCCACCGUCAGCUUUUCCUACCUUCAGCAAACCAUUAUUCUCCACAUGAGCUCAUAUAAAGGAAUCAAACUGUAAAACUGGACAUUUAAAAACAUAAUUGUGAGACAUAGAUGACUUAACUCUACGCUUCCCAGUCAUCGUCGCCCUGCAGGUUUAUUUCCAGUGUGUCUGUUUUAAGGUCUGUGAGGGUUUUAAGCUUUUAACACCUCGGUCCAAUUUGAGUGUCAGGAAGAGAAAGUGUCACUGAGUGAGAAGUGGCAGAUGGGUUGAUAGACGCGGACCCCAGCAGGCGAGAAACAGAGGCUUGUGUAAGAGUGAGGAGGACGCCCACCUCACAGACUGGAGACGAGCGAGUCACUCAAGAAAAAGCAGGAAAAAAAGAGAAGGGAGAGGCGCCGUCGCUCUCUCUCCUGUAGGUCCGACGCGGUUUAGUGUGAACCGUGUUUUAGGGAGCCGGGUCAGUGCGAGUAUGUAGUCCUCUAAACUCAGAGUACAUGAAUACACCGCGAUAAAGAGAAAAACCUGAUGUGGAGUUUCUGUCCAAGCAUCAGUUUAACAUCAGUAACAGUAAUCUGACAUUUUCAUUCUACCUUUACUGCACUUCUCCUCUGCUCAGGAAGAUUUACCGUAAAGAAAAUCUGUCAGAGCGAGAGACUGAACAACAAUCUCCACGUCUGUUUAAAAUGAAUGUCCCAUUACAUUACGCCGCUGACGCUCAGAUGAUGAUCUCCCUCUGCCUGCGUUAUGUUCAGCUCCUGCCUUAACUGAAAAUGAUCAUAACAACAAGAUUCUCCAAACGUGAUUUUCUACAAUGGCUCCAAUAAAACACGAACUCCUCCCUCGGUGACGAUAAGCGGGCCUCUCUCACCCUGAAUGAGACUUUUGAAGGGUGUUGGCUUCAGCCGUAUAUUUGCUCUAACAGAGUCAGUGUGUCAGCUCUCCUCUCUUCUGUUUGGACGGUCUAACACUUCAUCUGUAACUUAAACAAACGCUGAAGACGAGGCUGAGAGGAGCCUCUGUUCUUCUGACAGUUUGUUCUCAUGAAAACUUUAAACCUUUGUGACAUUAAGGUUAGUGUGAAGAUGUCAGUGUUCGUUUCCAAAGAGAAAGACCUGGACAGCUGCGACAUGACCGUGUCUCCUCCUCAGGUCACAUGAAUACUGCAGAACCUCAUAUCAGCUCUGUGAGGUUUGGGAGGACCUGUUUGUGAAGAUGACAGAGAGGCGUUUGUGUGACCCGGGAACCAUAAAAACCUACAAGCUCACUAUGAUCUGCUAACCCUAACCCAGACUCUGAUCCUGGUCCGACCAGUUUUGGCCCCCUAUAAUAACUUGUCCUGCCUGCUGUGUCGUCCCUGUUAUGUCGUCUGUCUUAAAUGGAGAUCAUCCUUCCUCAGAGUGUUGGCGUGGCCCCGCCCCUUAACCAGCUCUCACCUUCACUUCAUCAUAAACAGCUCGGAUCAAUGAUAAACAAAGUUUGAGGAGGAGCAUGAGGAGGUUACUGCUCCUGCUGAAAUAAAAGAGGACGGUGGAGGAGAGAGCAGAGAGAGGAGCAGGAGAGAGAAAAGAGGAGAGCAGAGAGAUGAGAGAGGGGAGCAGAGAGAGGAGGAGAAGAGAGGAGAAAAGUGUAGUCAGGCGUAGGGUUGGGAAUCGAGAAUCGAUGGGAAUCGGGACUAAAACUUCGAUUCUUCCGGUAUCGUUCGAAUAUUAAAAUUUCGAUUCCAAGUUUCGAUGCCUGAGUCCGCCGACCGGAAGAAAUAGCCGCCGAAAAUUAACGAAGAAGAAGCCGCUUAACACCAACGAGGACGGAGCGUAUGAGACGAAGCCACACAGAGAGAGGAGAGAGACAGAGAGAGAAAGUACAUUGUAACCCACAGCAAUGCAGCCGCUGUGGGUUACAAUGUAAUCUCUCUCUGUCUCUCUCCUCUCUCUGUGUGGCUUCGUCUCAUUUGCUCCGUCCUCGUUGGUGUUCGGCAGCUUCUUCUUCGUUGGUCAAAAGUUUGGCUAACUUUAGCAGGAAGAAUGAGCUCUUAUCUCAAUGCAACAUUAGCAAUACAGUUAUUUCAUGCAAAGGAGGGUAAACGACCAACAUGAUUAAACACCUCAGGAUUCAUGGAGGAGAAAUACCCGAGUGCUCGUCUUUGACGCGCUUCGCCGGUGUUGUGCCAGAGAAUGCACCCCUGCUGUUGAAUGCACCCCUGACGGGAGCGCGGUUGAAAGUACACAACAAGGCGAAACAAUCCAAGUUUUCUUACCGUUGAACGGAAUCUAAAGCGUGUGCCUUUAAUGAUUUCAUUCAGGCUAUUCAGAUAUGCCGAAAACAACAGCCCUCUGAUUCUGAAUAUUUACUGUCCUGAAAAUAUAAUGUUCUCUACAUUAACAGCUUACUCUACAGUUUAUAUACCCAAGUACACCUCUAUGUGUGCAUUUUUGAGACACAUACAAACAAAACGAAAGUUUACUGCUCCAUUUGACACGUUUUUUGAUCUAAUACCCGUGUUUUAUUAAAUAUGAGAUCAUAUUUCUUCCACUAAGAAGCUAAUCAGUGGAGGGGAGGCAUUCUAUGGCAGGGGUGCAUUCUACAGCACAACACCUGUCUUCCGCUAACCAGUCAGGAUCAGAUAAGUGAAACAAUAAAUGACUUCUGUCCUCUGCUAACUUUGAAACGGUAAAGAAAUUGAACUGUGUACGGUGAGUAAACUUAAAUAUCCACCUAACGUUAGCCCUUGUGCUUUUUCAUAGACAAACGACCUGAAAACAAAAAUUGAUAUUUAUAUACUGGUUGAAAAUGUGAGAAAUUCAUAGUAAAGUUCCUAAAAAGUUAAUAGGAUUUAAAAAUUCAUGGAGAAGUUCAGAAAUUUCAUCCAAAAAGAAGAGCCCCGGUUAGCGCCCUUAUUCAAACCAUGCUUUUUUUUUCUUUUUUCUUUUUGAUAUCCUGCCUUUUAAAAGAAUCGAAUUAGAGAAUCGAUAGGAAUCGGAAUCGAAAUGAGGAAUCGAAAUUGGAAUCGGAAUCGUUCAAAAUCAAACGAUACCCAACCCUAGUCAGGUGUGUAUAUCCAUGUGUCUGAAAAGCCAAGGGACAGAGUAAACAUGACAAAAGAGAGACCGCAGUGUGAACAAACACUAACUGACCAGUGACUGCUGAGAGACAAAGUCCUGAAUCAUGAAAUACAAGCCUGAGUCCUGACUUAUUAAAAGAUGUUACAUUAAAGCUUGAAGAGACUUUAAAUUUAAGGGGUAAAAAAGCUCAAAUCCUUGAAUUUUUAUGACUCAGCAUAAAAAUAUUUCACUACAAAUUAAAUCUGGCUUUUAAUUUGGUGAUUAUUGUCACCAAAAUAAAGACGAAACUCCUAAAGUGAAGCAAAGACGUGAUACAUGAUCCCUACAAGGAUGGACGUUAAGACUAGAGCUCACCUCUGCUUUUUUAGGAUGCACGCUCUACUGCCUUAUUUUAGGUGGAAAUAGAGAGAGAGAGUUAAGAAAGAGGACAAGAGGGUAAGAGCUCACCUACACCACCUCCACCCACUGCCCUGUUUUGAUGAAGAGAGAAAAAGGAGGUGAAGUCUCUCCCUUUACCUUCACAAAGACACAUGAACUGAGUUUGAUGAGUUUGAUCUAGUUUAGAAACCUUCUUUAGUGAAGAGGGAGAGCAGUGAGGACAGGACUGCUCCUUCAUAUUCCCGGUUACUUCUGCUUCAACAACCUCCAUGACUCAUUUAAUCUCCGUCUGAUCCCGGGAUGUUUCUGAGUCAGGGUUUUUUUUUAUUGUCGCUUAAUUUAAUCCUGAGAUGUAAUUAGUUUGUACGCCAAAUAUUUACAAUUGCCAAGAGAGAACAAGUAUUUAUCCGAGCUGCAAAUGAAGUGUGUAGAAGGAAAUCCCCCUGACUGCAACAUCUCAGUCUGUUCAUACAGAGCAGGACGAGCAGAGGUUUACACGCUGAUGGAUCUCCACCGUUAUUCACCCGUGUGUGUUAUGGAGUAAAAUGCUCUCUCUGUGUCGCAGGUUAAAAAUAAGGCAGAUACUUGACUCUUUCUUACCUUUGUUUGGGAGCUGCAGGUGGAGGUUCAGGCUGACUGUGUUUGUCCACUAGGUGAUGUCAGAGACUCUGAGUUCCAGGACCUGAAAUCUCUGACAUUUUACAUCACGCUGUUGAGCCUCAUUCCGUUAGCAUGAAUCCUCAGUGUACAUCAGUGUGAUAGAUACUAAGACAGUCAGUAACAUGGAGCCUCAGUGUGGUGAUGAAGGGCGUCUGAGGCCGCGUUCAAACACUUUAAAUCAGGAGAACUGCUCAGACCAGUUUACUGCAGCACACCUGUGAAGAUAAAGGUGUGUUUCCUGUUUCCUGCUUGAUUAGAAAAAACACAUUUCCUCAUAAUAGAGUGCUAGAGGAAGAGUGAGGGAGCUUGUAGUCUUUAUCCUGAAAAUGUCAUUAAGUGAAUAAACACAGGGCUGGAUUUAGCGAAGAUAAGAUCAGAUGAGAUAAAACUUUAUUGAUCCCCAGAGGGUAAAAUUUGGUCGAACAGCAACACAGACACAGUCAGCAAGUCAGAGCAGAGUGAGAGUGAGACCAAUAAUGAAACAGAAUAACAACAAAUAGUAGUUUAGUAAUCUAAUCUAAUCUGAUGGAAUAUAAUAGAGUCAAAUAUUUGAUGCCACCCCCCUCAGAAAGUCUGCUGGUGAUCUCUCUGUUUAGUUUUUACCAUGAGGCUCCUGCUGUUUUCUCCCUCUAAUGAGUUUCACUGGUUGUGACAUUUCAUGAUUUCAUGCUGUCAGACUCAUUACUCUCAAACCUCUGUCUCUAUAGUCGAGUUUUAUCUCCUUCAGCUGAAUUAGACUGUCGGCGGCUCGCUGCUUUUGUCACUAAUCCUCUCACUUUGACAACGUUGAAGUUUCUUUAUCCAGCCUCACUUGUUAUUUCGAUCAUGAUGCCUCCAUGUUUAGAUUGAUGCGUACGCAGUAGGAGGGGGGAGUGAGCCACAUAUGGCACAGAUGGAUCAGAGUGUGUCGGAGCUAGUGGUCCAUGUCAGCAUGCAUGGUUGAGAAUGACUGGAUUACAGCUAAAUGUGAUAUAUUUAUUUAUAUUUGUACAUGAACAGCAGGUCAGUGUGUUACAUCUGUUCAUUAACUCUGCGUAUAAACGUGUUUUUGAUUCCCAUGAAGUAGAUCAGUUUAGUUUUUGACCUUAUUUGAAUUCUGAUAUGAUAGUAAACGAGAUAUAAAGAAAAACUAAUUCUGGAAGUCUACUAUGGCUUCCUUUUAUUCCCCUCGGUCUGUUUUUUUAGUGAUGUAGUCGAUUCUCUUCAUAUCCGUCCCCUGAUCACAUGUUCGCUCUCUGUUAUCGUCUGUUUAAGCUCCACGCUGCGUCAUGGCUCCGAGAGGACUGAAGUGCUGUGACAUGUCCUAUUUCUCUUAGUCCAGACAGACCCAGGCGUGACCGGAUGUCUGUGAGCUCUCAAGCAAGGGUAAAAGCCGAGCAGUGGGGACCAGAGACCGGGGCCAGAGGACUCUCUGGCUCUGCACGCAAACACCGCAGGGACAGAUUGCUGCACCGUGGGCUCCAUGUUCCAUGUUAGGCUUCAGUUAGAGGAGGUGGACGCUUUUACUGGAUGAGAGUCUCCAUCUGAUUUUACUGAAUUCUGGAGUUCACAUUUAUAGAUGACAGAAUUUAGGAUUACAGCUUCUUUAAAAUCCCCCCAAAUAAAGCAGCAGCACUCAUGUAAAACUAACACACAGAGAUAAUCAAGUCUGAAAUGUCAACCAGCACUCUGACAAAUCUGAUGUGGUUUUCAGACACAGACUAAUGGUCCACUUACUCAGAGUCUCCCACAUAUCAAGAGAGUUUUAUUUGAUUGUACCUGCUCAUAAGGCGGAUUAAAAGGGAAACACAAACCUUAAUCAGUCUUAAGUUAAUCAAAAACAUACAUGGGCUUCGAUUUUGUCCUGGUUUGUUGUUUCAGUGCUGGAGCUGGAGUUUGUUGUAGGGCUGGGCGAUAAAUCGAAAAUUUACCGAUACCAAAAUUUAUGACAGUAUCCAACAUCGUUUAACCCAUAUCGGUAUAUUCAGUGUUAAAAACUAAAUAAAUCAAAGUUGUUUUUGGAUGUGUGUAGGUAGGCUAUGGUCUCAUGUCCCUUUAAGACGCUGUCCUACAUCAGAGACGUGACUCCACCCCAUCCAGUCUGUAACAAAGAGGUAAAGACAGGUGAGGAGAUGGAGGACGGAGAGAAAGUUGGAGCGGCUGAAGUAGACGAAGUUAAUGUGGGAGGGGGUGAGCAGCUUGUGGAGUAGUUAUCAUCCAUUUAUCAUUAUUGAGGUGAACUGAUCAAAAUAUCACGAUAUUGAUUUGAGGCCAGCUCUACUGCGGUGUCUUAUGGAUCUAAAAAAACAGAUUUCACAACAGGACUGAUAUUUCUGAAUGAAAAUAUAUUUAACUGCAUUAUCACAGAUAUCACAGCAUCAUUAAACAGCAAUAAGUAACUGUUUUAAAUUUGACAGGCUGUCAUUUAGGGAAAAAUCAUGUUAUCAUUUAGAAAAACAGUGACAGAGGAAAUUUCGGCAGACAGUGAGGUCAAAGUACAAAAGUCAUCAUCAACAACAUAACCAUGCUGAUGAGACUGCCUGCAGUGUCUGCAGACAUUAGUCUUUAUUUUCAGAGCUCAGGUAUCGUCUGAUAUUGUCUGAUUGUAUUGAUUAUUUCAAAAUGCCAAUAAUCUGACAGAUUCUGAGCCAAAAAGACACUUAAGUUUUCUUUAUUUUUCAGUAACUUCACCGAUUUUUCUGUAUUUCUUUAGUGCAGCUGUGAUUUAUUUCUCUGCUGAAGAGUCAUAUUUAUCUCAGAGAAGUUAAGGACCAAAACCAGCUUUAAAAAAAAAGCACAAUGGAAAUUGGACUCACAUUCAGCAGGCAGCCAGAGACACGUCGUCUUGGAUUAAUGUUGGAGCUUUGUGAUGUUUAGGUGCUGUUUGUUAAAAGGUGCUGAAUCUGAUUGGUCGGUGUUUUCUUCUUCAGUAUAUCGUAGACGUCUGACACAGAUACAGGAGACAUUAUUUGGACAGGACAGUGUAAAUACAGAGGCCUGAAGGAUUUCAGAGAGCAGGGAUGAUUACUCUGACAAAGUGGUGAUCAGACUGGUUUGUCUCAUGCACACAGAGUCCAUACUGUGUUCACAGAGGCUCUUGACAGACUCACUGAACCCUUUUAAAAGCGUCUGGAUCCGUGCGGACCGGGUUAUUGCUUUAUGAUGAGCUGCAGUGAACUGUCUCAGUGUUUGGGAACACAAACACACAAACAUCCUCGACUCGAAUCCACUCAAUAUCAGCCCUUUGUGAGAACUGCUGCUCCGAGAAGACGACACACAAAAACCUCACAGACGAGGUGAGGCUGUUCUGAGAUUAUCCGUCCCUGAACACAAACGUCUGUUCACCAGGCAGGACUGAAUCAAUCUUCAGUUAAAUCUCUAAUGUAUUCAGAUUUACAUACAAAUGUUGUAUACUGCAGUUAUGUAAGCCUGGCCCGAAGGAGGUUGUAAAUCUUACGAACAAAGAGGCUCCAGCAGCAGCUCCUCUGUCCAACAACGAUUUUCUUGUUCUUCCCGCUUUUGUCCCGUUUCGCCGCGGCCCGGCCUGCGGGGGCUUAAACCAGGAUUACCCCUGUAAUGUUCCGACGUUUGGGUGCCGUCCUAACCCUUGUUGAAAAUCUUCACGUUAUGCAAUGGUUAAUGGUUAUGUCACACUCAGUCAUGCUAGGACUGCAGAAUUACAACCCUUGAUCUCCAGCCUGUCAGACUUCAAACGCGGCGAAGAAACUCGCCUUGCUUUUAACUCGGUUCCCUAAAGUGAUGAUGAGCGUCAUCAUGAUGAAGGAGCGAACACAUUUUCAAACGGGCUUUUUGGCUUUUUUCAGACCAGCUUCCUGACUGUUGUCUGCACACUGCUAACAGUUUUUCUCCUCAACUCUCUCUGAACCCUCUCCGUUUAAUUCCUGCAGGCGCUGCGGCGUCCCAGAGUCUCCUUCAGAUGUAAAUAAAUUACCAUCUGAUUGGUUUUUCAUUUUGUUUGAUAAAAAAUACACAUUUUAUUUGCUGAAACACUCCUUUGAGUGUUAAAUGUUAGUCUGAAUCCUUCCCCCAACAUGAACUUUACAACAGAUUGAUGCUCGUCAUAACUAGGGGUGCAGCGAUCCGAUAUUUUGAUCAGAUAUCAGCUCUGAUAUUGACAAAUUAACUGGAUCUUAUAUCUGAUAGCGAUUCUGUUCGCUCUUUUUUUAACAAGGCUAAUGUCAAGCCUGAUGCAUUCACUCACAGGGAAAGGUAUACAGUUUAUUCUUUCAACAGUAGUAUUGGAUCGGUAUCAGAUAUCGGCCGAUACGCUCAGUCCAGGUAUCGGUAUUGGAUUGGAUUGGAAAAAAAUGGAUGGGUGCAUCUCUAGUCCUAACAGCACAGGAGGAGGGAGACAGGAUUUAUAAUCUUAGUUAUAAAAAAUAAUUGACUUUGAAAUUUUUUAUCCACCGCAGAGCAAAGCUGAAGGUCAAGGAGACGGUCAGAUGGUGAAACUAUCCAAGCUGAACGGAGUGAAGAAGGUUGAAGACGAAGAACGGAGAGAGAUGAUCACACCUGCUCUCAGAGAAGCUCUGACAAAGCAAGGUGAGGAGGAAACUGUUUGAUUUGAUCCAAUUAAAGAUUAUGAGACAAUAAUUAAAUUAGAAACGAAGAUAAAGAAAGCACCAGCAUGUGUGACGCAGCUUUAUUGAGAGUAUAAUUUCGCUGACUCGUUUCCUGAAGAACAUCUGCUGGACGCUUGAUAAUCAAUAAUCAUCCACCUGAAGAGCUCUACAAACCUCACAGCAGCUGUUUGUCAUCUCAUCCUUCACUCAUGAACACAUGAGUGAGAACAUCAGCUGUGAAUCAAACACACAAACUGACAGAAGAGGAGUCCAAACUCUGAUCCAGGUUUCUAAUCUCAUCUCACUUCGUUUAUUUCCUGUAUUUACCUCGUCAUUUCAGGCGCAGACAUUAAGACAUUAGGAUUGUUUGUUUGACCAUUUCCAAACUAAUCAGCCGCUGUAAUAGCCUUCUGUAUUUCUGAUGCUGUCUGAGAAAUUGGCCGGUUAAAACUGGCCAGGGGUGCUUCUUGAGGAGGAGUGCGGAGCAGGGGAAUAUUUGUUGUCUAAUGGCUCCUAAUGAUGCACUGCAGUCCAAUUACCCUCUCUGCCUCCUCUUGUCCUCAGGGUGCAGUCCCAGGAGUCUCACUUCUCUCUCCUCCCACACCGAAAACAUCAACAAAAUAAGUCCCAGCUGGUGUGGAAGUGUUUACAAAGUUUCACUGAUUCAGACGAACAUGCAUAAAAGAGUCAGACAUGAACUCACUCAAGUCUCACUGAUACAAAGAGAGUUGGGCUGAGGCUUUGUAAUUGAUUAAUCGCAUUUUAAUCGCAUAUGAAUAUUUGACCUGAGAACAGUGAGAAUCAUUUUUUUAAACGGUAUACGAGUGAGUGAAUCAAUGAAUAGUGAACUGAAUGAAUAGACCCUGUCAUGGGCUACUUCCAAGCAGUAUAAACACUCCCCAAUAAACUCUCAGACGCAGUUGAUUCACCUCUUCAAGUUUACUGAGGAAUCUUAUGAAACUGAAAUGAUACAGUAACAUAUAAAACAACGAGUUACGGCUUACACACAGACAAACAGCAGAGCUAAGCUACAUUAGCUUUAGCCGUUAUAAUCACAAACGAGCUCGAAUGCCGCUAGCAACGGAAAACAUGAAGCUAACUUCGUGUAGCAUUAGCGAUUAGCGCCAUAGCCGUUUUAACAACUUAAUUACACUUAAACAACCUUCAUCUUAAUACAACAACACAACAACGUAUGAACACUUACAGACGUUGCAUGGACUAGAGGGAUGAAAACGGAGGAAAGGAGAGGAGCUUAGAACUGAACAGUUGACGGACCUCACAAUCUGCACUCAAUAACCUCCGGUUUCUCGGUGACUCGCCGGCUACGUGUUGCCAUGGCAACGUGAUGUAAACAACUCACACUAGAGCGCAAAAACACUUAAGACGCAUUCAAGUGGCACAACACACAUUCAAGUAACAUUACAGACCCUGAUCCAGUGAGCCAGAGAGUUUGUUAAUUUUUCUUUCAUGUGUUCAAACAUAAAUCAUAUAAACACAUAGAUUCAGGACAAAGCAGAAAAAAGAGAUUUUUUUUUUAAUUAAAUAAGUGCAUACAUAAAUAAAUUACACCCCAAGUGUACCGUAGUGUGGCAGGUUUGUCGGUCUGUUUGACAUCAAAAUCAAAUUCAUGCAAUUUUUUCUUAUCUGUAUUAUCUUAUCUUAUCUUAUCUAUCCCGGUAAAGGGUAACAUCAAACAAAGUAUUUAUGGUAAUAAAAAACAAGUGACACUAGUUGAAAGAAAAAUGUUUAUGACUAUAUAAAUACAAUGCAUACAAUAAAAAAACUGGUAUUAUACUAUUGACAUGCUGCGGUGAUAUAUAAAUUCUCUUUUUCAUAGUUUGUACAGGACUAUUUUUUAAUCCAGGCUUCCAUCCAUCUUUUUAAAACAAAAAUGCCCAUCAACACUGAGCCAAUCAAAACACAUUUAUCCACGACUUCGUUCAUUUUUCCAUGCACUGGGUGGGACUGGAAUCUCUGCUGCACUCACUCACAUUGGGGUGCGCCGGUGUAAGCGGUAAACCUGAAACUCAUCUAGUUAGAAACGUUCAGCGGUGCAAAAAUACAGUAGGUGUGAUUAAUAUGUGUUACUAUUUUUUACUAAUUAUUUAAUCACAACUAACGUGUUAAAGUCCCAGCCCUAAAAAAUAUGUUAGUUUAUAUUUAUGUAAAUGUUCAUUAAAAGUUGAGUCCUGUCUAAAUGUUUAUUUGGCACUUUUGUUUUAAUUUAUAAAGUUACGUGUAGUGCGUCCACAUCUUUUCUCAGUUAGUGUUUGCUUCUAAAAGUCAGUCUUAAUCUAUGAAACGUUUUACUCUCUGCUUGUUAUUCAGCUCGUUAUGAACGACGAUGACAGGGGCCCCCAUUGUUAGCCUUCACACCGCUCCACUAAAAACACUCUGUGGACCAGACUUCACUUGAUUGGCCUCGUGUUUUAACCGUUUCAUGGUGCUAAAGUCAUCUCAGAGGAAAUUUCUCAGAAUGAAAGUUUUGGCGGAUAUUCUGUAUCGUCUUUUUCUGGCAUUGAUGCAAAAGUCAUACAUGUAAAGAAACUCUCACCUAAGUCUCUCCUGGAGUUCAACAGUAAUGUAAUGUUUUAACGCGCGUCUGUAACGUCACCGUUAAAUUAGCGUUGGCGAGGAGUACACAGAGCGUCGGCACAUUCAUUUAUAAAACCAGUUUCUGGGGGUUCGGGUUUAUUUAUCUCAUCAAGUUCAAUUAAAAGCAAAAGCUCCAUUUCCUUAUUUCCUGAGAGAUCCUGAUAAAAGACGCUGAAGACUGCUCAAAACAUAACAGGCUGAAUUUCCAACUCUUUGAUUAAACAUAAAUCCUCCCCGCUCGUUUAAUCCCCCGCAGGCGUGAAAGUGUCUCGGAUCAAAGAGCGAAUUGUUCGCAGAAUCUUAAAUAAUGUCAUAACCAAAUCUCUCAGGCGCCGCUGAGUUUGGGCUUUAAAAGCCAAAACCCUGAGGCUGUCCACAAACAGGAGGUAAAACUCCUCGUUGGCUUGUGAUUCCUCUUUGUCCAAGCAGAAAAACAAACAGAUUAUUUCAACUCUGACCUCUAAAGUGCGGCCAAUGAGAUAACAGCAGUUUGAGAUGAUAACAAGCAGGGUGGGCACAGAGGAGACGGUAAAUUAGGGACCUGACUACAGAGUAAAUGAAAAAGAUAAUGAUCAUUAACCGACUGGAGAGUUACGAGCUUAUCCUGCGGUACACCAGCUCAUGUCAGCCGAUCAGCUGAUUACUGUUGACACAUCCCACUGUGGAUUCUUAAAAUGGGGGCUUUGUUUAUGUUGGGUAAGCCUGCUAACUACCCCACAGCCCACCUCCACUUCAGCUCCUCCUUCAUUUCCUUCGUCUUCGACUUCGUUUCCUCACUCAUCAUCAUUUAUCAAAGUCAUGUUCAUUUUCUUUAUUCCUAAAGUGUUUCUCUGUAAGAACAGAGGACGGGAAACUCUGCUCCUCUCUCUGCCCCCCUCCCUCUCUCUGAGGUUCGAUCCCUCCUCUGACACUUUAGAGGACACAUUGGAAAUCGAUGUCUCCAACAAACAGAGGAGGAGAAACCUGCUUACAUUAAGAUCAUUAAUAGUUAAAUAAAGUGCCAGCGGGCUCUCCUCGGACGUCUUCGUGUGUUUCAUGUUGUCGCUCAGAGCGAGGUUAGAGAAGGACACGUGCUCUCAGGGAGUUAUCAGGUGGAAAAAUGAUUUGAUAGCCGUCAGCAGGUUUUUUACCCCAGAGAGAGAAACAGGCACAGAAAACAUGAGACGUGUGAGCGAGAAAUAAAUUGAGUUUGUGUUUACAUCUGUUUGACUGAAGAGGAGCAGUUUCAUUAAGACUGUGAAUCAAAAACCUGUUUUUUUUUUUUUCAUUCAGGCUGUUUUUUAUUCUCUAAACGUCCUCGAUGAGUCAAACCUGACUCAUCAAACUCCUGUAGAGAAACCUCACACACACACACACACGCACACGCACACGCACACGCACACACACAAAGUCUCUCCUGAGGUUUAAUGAGAUAUUUUUAUUUGCAAGGCCAUGAAAUAAAAAACACAUCUGAGGUUAGAAACACAGAAACAAGCACCUGAUUUCCAACACAGGAGGUUUUUAAUAGCUGUGCUGAAAGUCACUUUAAAGAAAGAGAGAGAGAAAGAGAGAGAGAGAGAGAGAGACCUUAUUCAUCCUUUCAGAGGAAAUCCCAACAUCACAUCCUGGUCCAGAUUUAGACACACAGAUGAAUAAUUCUCUUUGGUUCACAUUACAGGAGAGGGUGAGUUAAAAAAAGGAGACGAACAAGGACUCACCCAGACCUGUCUGUCUGUUUAUAAGCAGAGGUAUUACUCUGUGGAAAUGUAGGGCUGCACGAUUUUGGCCAAAAAUAAAAUUCCAAUUUUUCGAUUUCGACUUUUUAUUCAGUGACAACUUCACCAAACUUCACUGUCAUAAAAAGUUUUCUAUUAUCUUUCAAAACGAAACCUCUGAAAACAAUGUAGUGCAUAUGCCAAGCCAGUAAGUGGCGCUGUAACGGUGAAGAAGAGUACAGAACAUGUGUUUAAAGGUUGUUUUGGUCGGACACGCUCAGGCGCCAUAAAAGAGUUACGCUGUGUGUCACAUGACCGUUUCCAGAGACGGAGAUGAAAUGGUCGUCGUUUACAGAUUUAUUCACUCUCUGACCCGUUUUCAAAAAGUACUGUUUACAGUCACCUGAAACGCCGUUUCAAUGUGGAUGAAACGCCGACAAAAAACUUUAGCGUUUCCUCCUGAAUUCGUUUCCGUGGUGACGGGUUGAUACUGCCUUUAGACUGACUUUGCAGCGAGGAGUGGUUUGCUCUUUGAAACUGUGAGACAUGAUAGAGAGGAAAAUUGAUUUGAUGAUUUUAAUUUUUUUUUAUAUUGUCACAAUCAAACAAUCAGAUUACGGUUUAAAAUCGAUUAAUCGUGCAGCCCUAUUCUAGAAAUAUAAGAGGACUGAUUUUUCAACACCUGCCCUUUGACCUCCACUCGUCGUAUCUCUGUUGAAGAGUCUCAGAGUUGAGGACUUUGAAUGAAUCUGACCAUGUGGAUACUAAAUGUCACCUCCUCUCUUUCUGUGUUCAUUAUCUGCUGAAUGAGCUGUGGGUCAAAGACGUGUGUUUGCUCAUUGACAGUCUCGUUCUCUCUCUCUCUCUCUCUUUGUGUUCAGGAUACAAACUAAUUGGAAGUCACUCAGGAGUGAAACUCUGCCGAUGGACGAAGGUAUGGAAACGUAUUUUCCUCCGUAAAGACAUCAGACUGUUUUAAAAGCUGAGAGCGUGAAUCAUAUUUGUGUCCUUUUCUGUUGACAGUCCAUGCUGCGAGGAAGAGGAGGCUGUUACAAACACACUUUCUACGGGAUUGAGUCACACCGCUGCAUGGAGACCACCCCGAGCCUCGCCUGCGCUAACAAGUGUGUCUUCUGCUGGAGGUAUGUGGUACCUGAAGAAGAAAGCACAUAAACACUUGAGGGGCCCGUUUCACAAGUAUUGACUUUAACAGCAGCCGAUAUAAAACUAAGCAGCGGGAAAUAGACGUCUACAUUUCUCUCUCUCUCUCGCCUAAAGCCGGCUGGCUCCUGACAACCUUAAGUAAGACGAAUAAGCUCUGAAUUCUGGGUUAAUUAGGACUUACAAACGGAGCUUUCUGGGGACGGCGUCUAAUUGGUGAAAUCCUUACAGCUCAGUAGACAGAGAGUUUCCUCCACUCUGUUUUUUUUUCUGUUUUGGAUGAGUUAAACGGUGAAAAGCAAAGACUGUAGGUGAGAAUUGGACUCAGUCACUUUAACACCACAUAUGUAAACAGCUAUUUAAAGGCUGGAGUUUGUAUCUUGGCUGUAAGAGGGAUCAUCUUUGCACAAAAUGAGUUAUGAUAAUAGAUUAUAGUUCACAGAUAAUUAGUUUUACGUGCUCUGCUACAGCAUUAAUUACUGCAGGUUUUAAUGUUGUUGAAUAACCGUGUAUGUUCUCUGAAAAUCAGCCAAUGAGGCGCUGUCUGAAUCGUUCUGUUGUGUUGAGAUGGCGGGACAUACUGUGGAUCCCUGAGACCGUGAAAACCUUCAUUCUCCGCUCGUCCAGAGCGAAGAAUUCAUCCGCCUUCUCUGUCAUCUUUCUGCAUCUUUUCUCUCUUUUCUGGCUUCGGCCCAGCAGCCUGUUCCUCUGUUCCUCUUAUGAAAUCUGUUGCAUGUGUAGUUCUUGGCUGUCAUAUCAAAUUUAUAGUGUUGGACACAGCUCCACUGCUGCUGCUGCUUCACCAUGCAAUCAUCAUAUUGCAGAUAUUGCGAGUGGCUGUUAAAGUGUUCAGAUUUUAGUUUCAAGUAUUUCCACUCUGCUGACACUGUAGCCACAGGGCUGCUGAUGCUAAUGUAACCGACUGUCAGGCGUUUAUUUCUUCACCUUUCGAACCGUGGACCUCCAGAGACUCGCUGCAGGCUGCUGUGAAGGGGGUUGCUGUUGCUGAAGUCUUGCUGCGUUUGCAAACGUGUCCUGGUGAAAUCAAGUUGAAGUCAAGGUUGGAGUUCAACACCGAUGUCCUAUUUUUUACCCUCUGAUGACGGGACACACGAACACGGAGAGAUCGGUUACACUAAGUUCCUCCGACCUAAAUGACCGGGGGGUUAAAUGAGCGACUCAAACUGCAGAUCCACAUUGAAUCAAAAAAAGUCAGAUUGGCUCAGAUUUGAUAAGUGAGAUGAGGAUCAGGAUAGGGCUGGGCGAUAUGGGAAAAAGUUAAUCACGAUGUAUUUCUUUCAUAUCAGGUUAAAAAAUGAAAUGUAACAGUGUUUAUUGGUCUCAUGUCUUUUCCAACACAAUAAUCUCCUGCAUCUGUGAGGUCUUUGUGUCUCUUUGGCGUUUUGUCGUAAGGCGUUGUUCUAGAGAAAGCCGACUGAAUGGUCGUCUGUUUCGGCUCCUCGCUCCUCUCGGGGUUUGUAACCUUUUGCGUUGGUCGUGCUCCGCGGCGUGGCGCUGCUUCAGGUGGUGAAAAAGAUUUGAGGUAUUCCCCGACUUUGUGAGAACAUGUACUCGACAUAAUUUACAGUCCACAUUACUCUGCUUCAUGUCCGACCUCCAAAAACCAAAAUACCUCCACACCACCGACGUUUUCCUAACGCCAGUGUUGUGGUUGACAUUGAUGUGGUCAUCUGUUGAGCCUUCAUGGUCAUUUCUGUCGGGGGUAGCACUCAUUUUCUUUGUUUCUCACCAACAGUGCUGUCGGCUUCACCUGUUAAAGUGCUAUGGUUGGGUGGAGCUGCUGUCUGCUACGACGCUGCAGUUGGUUGAUACUUGGUUCUAAUUCAGAACAUGAUUGGUUCAGACCCGGAGAAACUCCCCUUUUCAUUGGCUGUUCGUAUAGUCGACCAAAACAUGGCAGAAUGCCGACUAUUGAAAAGCAUAUUGAUCAUGUUUUAUAUCGAUAUCGAGGGAAAUUAAUUUUCAAUAUGUAUCGUUAUCGUUUUAUCGCCCAGCCCUACAUGAAUAUACCAAUGUGGGCAAAAUGGCGUCAGUUAUUGUUGUAAAUUUUUAUAUCAGUAAAUUUUUGGUUCAUCGCCCGGCCCUAGAUCGGGAUGCACCUACCAAAAUCUACUGGAGGUUUCCCAGGAUCCCUGUAUUUGUCAGUCUGUGGAAACGUUCACUCAGUCCUUUAGGUUUAGGAACGCUCAGACUCCUCUGUAAUAUUUCACCGCCUGUUUUCAUUUGACUUUAUUUCCUCUCUAACGCUUCCUUCUCAUCCGCCGUCUUCCCAAACCUUCCUCCCUGACCUUGUUAGUCAAAACAACUUCCUGUAAUCAUGUUAAUGAUUCACAAGUCGAGGCCUAGUGAUUAGGAUAAGUGCGAGGUGUGAUGGUGGACACGGAUGAAUCAUGAUGUUGUGAGAGACCGAGCCGCGUCCCCUCCUCAAAGGUCACUGUCAGAGCGUGCUGCUGUGAGCCGCUCUCCUGUCAUCGCAGAUACGCCGGCUUCUCUUAAAGGCUGCGAUGUGUGAUGACAGAUGGAUGAAAUAUCACGGCGCAGGUCUGCGGUCCACGCCGCCCUCUCCAUCCGUCUCUUGAAUGCAACAAGUGGAUUUCAAAUUGAUUUGCAGGGGCGGCGUGCGAGAUGGGAGAGAGUGCAUAUGCAUGCAACAGACUGUGUUAAAUUUACAGUGCAGGAGGAUUUGUUGUUGCACUUAGAAAUCACACUUAAACAGUCAGUGGGUGUUAUUUACACCUAGAGGAGGUGUGAGUUUUUAUAGUGGGAUGCACUCUUUGACUCCGUAUAUUUUCACAAGAUGACAAGAGUCCUUAUGAUUUAGUCUGUGGAUGCAGAUUUGUACGAAAGUCAGACGUCUGAACCCAAAGAGAAGAUGUGUUAAUAUGACCCGGGGUUAUGAGUCAGAGUCUGUUCAUGUCAGAAUCAAGUGAAAGUACCUCUCCUUACAGAAGUGUUCAGUUAUAAUCUGUCCGCCUCUCUUACAGACAUCACACCAACCCCGUGGGCACAGAGUGGCGCUGGAAGAUGGACCCCGCUGAGAAGAUCCUGCAGGACGCCGAGGAGAAACACCAGAACAUGAUCCGCCAGUUCAGAGGUCGGUCACAGAUCCAAAUAUCCCUUUUUCUCUCUCCUUCGUUUUCACUCUUGAAUCCUCUUUUUAGAAAACAAACACACCGACUCUGACGUACACGCUCGUGUUUCUCUGUCCUCGACUGACCUCCAUGUUUAAUGAAGCAUUCAGGUUCGAAAUAACGAGGCGUUUGCUGAUUGUCACACCUUUUAUCAUCAACACCAUCAAUCUUGUCUGCAAACACACCUCCUCUGUGUCUUACUGGUCGUAACAUCGCCUUAUUUCCAAACAAGAACUCUGUAUUUGAACCGUUAUCUCAGGGAUCUACAGCGAGAAUUAAAGACGUCGUAUUUAGUACCACAGGAAAUAUCUCCAUACUCACAGUUAAGGCUCCGUUUAUAGAUCUUGUGUUACUACUGUUGGCAUGCAGGGCUUAUUUUUAUCUGGCUGCAGCCAGCGUUGGCUGAGGACGGCUGAUUAGAUGCCCAAAACUCCGUCAAAACAGAAGUUUGUGAUCACGGUUGGAGCAGAUUUUCUUUGAGAGGUUUUCAGAAAUGUUGUCAAAACACGGUCGUGUCAGACUUCUCAGAUAUUCAUGAAGAACGGAGCAGAAAACAAACAAAAUGGUUCUGUGUGUGAGGAAAAAAGCAUUUGAUGUGUUUCGUCUUAAAUUAUAAAACGAGCAGAACCUCAAAUUGGACAGCCAGACAUCUGCAGAUCGUUGGGAUCUGAUUGAUUUGUUGAUUGGUUGUUAAUUGACGAAUUGUUUUAGUAUCAAAUGUUUGAUUUUUCCACUCAACUGUUUCCUGUUGGCUUCUGUUGGUUUCUGUAAGGACCAAACAAACAAACAAACACUCCAGUAUUAUUUUAAGUUUUUGAUUCAAAGCUUAAUUUGAACUUCAGCUCAACAGUUUCAUGUAGAGCUGGGCGAUAUGGCCUCAAAUCAAUAUCACGAUAUAUUGAUCAGUUCACCCAACAACGAUAAAUGGACGAUAACUACUCCACAAGCUGCUAACCCCCUCUCACAUUAACUUCAUCUACUUCAGGUACCUUCACACAUCCAAAACCGACUUUUACUGAUUUAUUUUUUGACCCUGAAUAUACCGAUACGGGCAAAAUGACGUCGGUUAUUGUCGUAAAUUUUGGUAUUGGUAAAUUUUCAGUUUAUCGAUCAGCCCUAGUUUCAUCUUUCCUGGUUUGAACUACGUCGUGUUUAUAAUCUCUUAGAUAUUUUUGUUUACGUUCAUUUUAAUGAGACUAUGGACCAGUUCACCCUGUAGACCCCAGACCAGACUCACUGUGAGUCCACAGACAUGAGGACUGUAGAUCCCAGAGGAAAGGUCGAGGUUUGUUUCUGCCUGAAAAGAUCAUUUUCUAACUCUAGUGCACUACUUUACAUUUCAUCAAACACACAGUAAAUAUCGGCACACAGAGGACUGUAUUUCUUCAACAUGUGUGUCUGCACAGUCAGUCCACUUCCCUUUGGGUGGCUUCUUGAUCCCUGGGCGUUACAGUCGAACCUCUAACCUCAGAGCUCCUGCUGUUCCCAUUAUAAAACAGAGGAGCAAUAACACUCAGGAAAUGAUCCACUGAGAGCUUUGGAGACGUAUCUUCUACUUUAUGGCUAAUAUCCUCCUCAGAGCACGCCUUCCUGGUGUAUUAUAAUGCAUGUCAUGGUUGAAAAUGUAAUUUCCUGAUGUGAUUGUAAUAAAACAAUAGUCACACAUCAGCUUAUGUUGACUUUAAGCUGCUGCUUUGUUCACUCACAGCAGGGGAGAAAGGAUUAUGACGUUUAGAGCAGAAAUGAACCUUUUCAGCUGCUUCAACAAACUAAACUUUAUAACAGUCAUCAGAAACAGAACAGAGCAGAGUGUUGUGGUCGUUCAGUCACAUCAGACGGCCUUCGUUUGUGUUUAUGGUCGACAGUGAUGCCUGUAUACCGUCUGGCACGCUGGUUUAGUCUCUUUAAAUCCACCGUCUGAGUUUCUGUGAUGAUCUGUUUCCUUAAAGGUCACAGAUUAAAAGUUUGAACAUCUUCAAACAGUUUAUAAUGAGAGGUUAUUAAAACGGGAAAACAGAUCAUCGCAGAAUUAGCAGUGACUCCGUUUUGUCGUAUCAGGAUAAGUGAGACACUCAGAGUAAACGUCUGAAUCACGUCAUCCCUGAAUCCAGCAGAGGGCCGGUCUGAAAAUGCACAGUCACCCUUUUUUGUUUCUCCGAGCUUUAUAGCGGCGCCUUGUAGCUGUUUAACCUCAAAGACCCGCUGGAGGCGUCCUCCUGAAUGAGAAUGAAGUCCUGUUGACUUAGAGCCAGCGUUUCAAGGAGGGACGCUCACUGCUGCGCGUGUGUGUGUGUGUGUCUCUGCUCAAACAGAGGGAUCUCAUCCCCCUGAGAUUUAUCCUCCCUUACCUCACUGAGCGAGCGCUUCAUUUGAAUACCAAGAAGAAGAAAUUCAGUCAUGUUCUCACAUUUUACUGCUAAGCCGCUGCAUGAAUUAAAUAUCUGGUUCUUCUCGUGAUUAUUUUAGCCACAACAGCCUCGACUUUUAAUUUUUUAAAAGUACUCAGUCUGGUCAUGCAUACUGUAUUUCCUCUCCGCACACUUACCCACACUUUGUCCUUGUUCAGUUUUACAGAGAAAGACUUUAAACUGGAGUUACUCACUUUUAUUUCACUGCUUUUCCAAAACAGGAAAGUUUUGGUCGCUUUGGUGUUUUUUAGUGCAGCUGUAAUCAGCACUGAUGUUCGUUAAAUCCUCAUUUAGAAAAUCAGCGCUAACUCACUGUCUCACUGUAACUGUCUCCCCUCUUGCUGCUUGUUUUUUGUGACCCUCCAGUUCAUCAAACCCAGUUUCUGUCUGAACAGGAAAAAAAAGAGAAAUAAAUCACUUCUGCCCGGCAGUACAGUCACAGAAAUUAAUCAGGGUUAUGUUUCUCACAAGUGCUCAAAACAAAAUUAUCAACUCCAGCCAUCUCAAACAAAACCACGUAUUAAUUUAUCAUUUCUUAUUUAUUAGCUGCCAGUGAGUGAAGAAAUCCAGCAGUGCUGAAAUCCUGUUAGAAAAGAGGUUUUAAUGAAUGAAAGUGAAAUAAACUGCAGAUUCAGAGACGGUCAAAGAGAAGGCCAUCACUUCAGACCAAUACUGGAUCUACAGUAUCUUCUGUCUGCAUCUGAUAGGACAGCUGGGGCGUUUCUCCUGCUGAUGCCGAACACAUACCUGUAAGUUUGAUGAUAUAACAUCACAGCAGAGGUAAAGGAAAGGCCGACUUUAAACGCUAACAUUUACCUGCUGUGAUAACCGUCAGUUUGUUAGAAACACUUUUCCUGCAGAAGAUCAUCAAACUCUGAUUUUAGGUGAUUCCUGAUGUUAGCAGAUGUUUCGUAGAGGCUUCAUCAUAAUCAAAAGGUUUUUGUAACCCUGUAAAAUGUCACUUUAGUGAGUACAAUGUGAUGAAACUUGGGCUGUCAAACAAUAUUUUUUAAUUGCGAUUAAUCACAGUUUGAAACUCUGUUAUUUUGAAUUUCAAGGAAUAUCCCUUUAAGUAUUUCUCACCAGAGUCUUAACUGGGAAUUAAAUGAACAGAAAGAAAGAAUUUCCUUUUUGACUUUUGUGUCGUGUAGACCAACUUAAUACAAUGUCUACGUCAAAUACAAACACGUUUGAAACUUUCUAAAGAUUUCCAUGGAGCAGUUCCUCUUUCUGAUCCAGAACCUGGUACUAACACAGCAUUACAGCUCCCCCCUCUGAGAAACAGCUGCUGUAUGAACCAUACGACUCUUAAUGAAAGCUGAACCAACGAUAAUGAAGGUCAGGUCCAGAGUCGGUCCUCCCUUAAUUCGUUUCAUCAGUGUCCACCCUUCUCCGUUUAUAAUAAAGACUCUUUAUUUUUAUCUUCAGUCUUCUCUUCAGAGGGGAGAUCAUGAUGGAUGAAUUUUACAUUAGUCAUACCAUAUUUUAUAGAUCUCCUCUCUCAUUGAGGUUUCACACACUUGACCUGACGCACAUGCCCCUUCCUCCUCCUCCUCCUCCUCCUCCUCCUCCUCCUCAGCUGCUUGUUUGAAAGCAGUGUUAAGUGGUUUUCCUCCUGUGGGACGUGUUGUUGUUUGAUCUGUUCGCAGCUGUUGUGAGAGAUGUAAUGCGUCCUUGAAAGGUAACGCACUAACAGUUGCUUUUUGUCGUAAAAAUGUGGCUAACCUAUCAAUAAUUCAUAGAAGGUUCUGUAGAGCAUCUGGAGGCAACAGUCCAAGCUUUAUCCGGUUAAAAUUCAGCGCACGUACUCUGAAAUUAAAUGGCAUCUGCUAGAGCUACAGCAAUAUUACAUUAAAUCCCCAUGACAGUGCAUGAAACUUUUCCCUCUAAGCUUUUCCCUGUUUGUUUACUUCCUGCUUCAGUCACACAGCUUUUCAUACUCGAUACUGUCAGCAGGAAGAGGACGUCCACGGUGCUUCACUGCCGCUCAGAUCCACGUAUGUAAAUAUGUCUGGCAUCAUUGUUAGCUGCGUAAACGGAUCCAGAGGUGUCCUCGGCUAGAUAAUGUUCAGAAACAGAGACAUGCUGAUUGCUCUCUCUUUAAGAAUUCUACCGGGUCAGGAAAUCAAACCGAUUAACAGCAACAUUUGAUGCCUAUGGCUGAGCUUCAUUAAGAGUUUAAUACGCCGUUAAACCUUUAAUCUGAAUUAGUUUUUGUCUCAAAUUUGAUUCAGUAAUCUUCCAGUUUUAUAGCAGCAGCCAAUUAAAUUUUAUAACAUCCCCCUCGUUCUCAGGACCUUAUGCUGACUAUCUUUUUACGGCCCCCUGUGGUCUUUACGAGAGGAUGCACAGGAGAUCAAGUGGAGGAAAAAAAAGGCCUCAAACUUUUCCCUCUCCUCUCUGCUGUGCUUUUCCACAUCUGCAUAAUUACUCGGUUUAGUCUUUUCAGUGUUUCAAGGUGCCCCCUCACUUUGGAGACCCCGUCUUUGGAUCGUUGGAGGACAUUGAUUAAGUCCAAACCUCUCCCCCUCUCCAGGUGUCCCGGGAGUGAAGCCUGAGCGCUACGAGGAGGGUUUGAAAGUCAAGCACUGCGCCCUUUCCCUGGUCGGCGAGCCAAUCAUGUAUCCCGAAAUCAACACCUUCCUCCGCCUCCUCCACUCCCACAAAAUCUCCAGUUUCCUGGUCACCAACGCGCAGUUCCCACAGGAAAUCAGGUAGAGACAAACAAACACACAAACACACACUCGCCCUCUGUUUGUGGAGGAGUUCCUGUUUACUUCUGGUUCAGUUUAAGCCGACGUGUUUCUGUGUUCUCCUGCUGUACAUCUUUAUUUGCUGUAACAAGCUGUUGUCUUUAAAGUCUGAGAGACUCAAAAAAAGAGCAGCACAUGUUUUAGAUCUUUAAAACUCCCUAAUGGGAAGGAUCAGAUGUUUCAGUCUGCACAGAUAUUAGUGCUGUCUGCUCUUAACAAGGAGGAAACAACAAGUGAUGCUGAGAGGAGCUAUUUUUUAGUUAAAGGGAUAUUACGGCGUAAUUUUAACUUAGGAUCAAACACACCAUAACACUGAGUUAGACCCCCCCUCCAGAGAUGAAUGUUGUCGACCGCUUGCUUCUCUAGUUAUACCAACUUUAGUAACGACCGCAGGAUAGAAAUACAGAGAGACACGCCCUCAACCAAAACGCCACUCUAUAGCCACAAAUAAUGCUCAGAACAGCACCUAACUUCAUCAACAGGACAUAUAGGGUCACAGACAUAGUACUAGACACCAAACAUCUUUUUAACUUUGACUCAUUUCUUCUCUUGUUUGUAGAGAGACCUCAGGCCAGUCCAUUACGGACUACAGCGGGGUGCCGCAGCUCAAGGAAGAACAUUUAUGAUCAUUUCUUUAUCAUUUCCUUUGAAGUAAUAAUCACCAUAUUGAUCAUUUUACAGACGCGGUAGUUCUUCUGUCUUAGCGUCUCGGUCUGAUUGUAUUUCCAUGAAGAAAGAUCCCAGUUGAUUCAGCAUGAUUCAAUAAUGUCACAUCGGGUUACUUGGCUAAUGUGGCUAAUGUUAGCAGAGCUAGCAGCACCAGUUUACAUCCACAUAUGUACCUGAACUGUAGGCCUAGACAUCUGCAUUUCUGCUGAGACAUGCAGUCACUCUCAGACUUCUGAACAAAACCAACUGAUGCAACAAAAAAAACGAGGAAAUAUUCAACAGAUAAAAAGCUCUCCACUAAGACACCACAUCCUGUUUUCUUCUGUUAGUGAGUGUAACUCCGGUGCCCUGCCUGAUGUGACCCUUUUGUAAUUUUGCUUGAGAAAUCAAAAACUAGUUGUGAGAGUUCAGGCUCCACAUUUUCAUUCACAUUUUUCUUUGACAGAGGAGUUUAUUGAAGCGGCUUCAGACACCUGACGCUCCGACAGCAACCUGCUGAAAUAUUCAUACAAGACAGUUCGACCUCAGAAAGCUUCACAACUCAAUCUGUCCACACACACACACACACACACACACACACACACACACACACACACACACACACACACACACACACACUCCUCUGUCCCCCAUUGUUAAAAUUCAGGUCCUUCUGUGAGCAUCAACAUGAGGAGUCUGAGGAGAAAACACCCUGACCUGACAUUAGAGUCUGGUUAUUCCAGACACAGCAGCUUCUCCUCAGCUCUCCGUCAGCUCGGUCUGAGUUCUGAGAGCUUCUUUGACGUCUCUCUAUGAAUCCAGACUAAAGAAAAACCCUCUCUCAUCACACGUUCACUUUACUGCAGGAAGACUAAGAAGAACUUGCUGAAAUGUUUGCAGCAAUGGCCUGAACAAUCGGCAGAAAUAUACGAAAUAAUUGAUGCUGUUGGUUUUUGCAGAAUAAAAAUUUUUUUGUGUGUAGAAAAAUUCAUUUAAAGUCUGUUUUCAAUACAAUAACAUUUAAUAUUAUAAUUUUGUAAAUUUUAUUCAAGCAGUUUUCUAAACAAAGACUUUGACCCUCAACUUUUUAAAGUGUCUUCAAACAGAAAAUUAAGUUUCAUUAAUGCGCUCCCAAACGAUAUAUUCAGGUGCAUUUAAAGUUUAGAAGGAGAACAUGAUAAAGAGGACCCUAUAAUGAGAACAUGAUCAGGAAGACAUGAUAAUAAGAACACGAUUAUGAGAAUAUGAUCAGGAGAACAUGAUAAGGAGAACAUGAACAUGACCCUCAGUCACCCUGUUGUCCUCCUCAGUCCUCAGUCACCCUGAGUCCCCUUUGAACCUCCUCUCCGGAUCUGCCUCCCCGCCCUGAACCAGCUUGUCAUACAGACAUCCUCUCGCUCUGACAUAGGCAGAGUGUCAGCUAACUUGUUGGUCGACAGUCUGAUAUGAAAUGGUCUGAAGGAAAGGACAGCAGCUGUCAGCUCUCUCUCCCUGUCCUCCAGAGCUGCAGAGUCCAGAUGAGAAGUCUCAGUGAGAGUCUCUGUGGGUCUUCAGAGUCACCUGAAACAGACAGAGGCUGAUCCUCUCAGUUUUCUCUCUCUCUGCUUAUUUCUGCGUUCUUGACAUCAGUGCUUCUCCUGCACGACCAAUCAGUCGAUCUGGAUUUUUCCACUUGUUUGCCUCUGUUUACCAUUCUGCUGCAUUCUUCUUCUUCUUCUGCUGCUCUUACGGAUUGUGCCAGAGGGCUGCUGCUGGCAAAUACAUUCAUGUCUUUCCUUCUUCAAUAUUGAUGAGAAGCAGCACUCCCAGUUCUAUACCGCUUCCCUGUUUUGCAAACGUCCUUCUCUGCGACUGAUUUGCUGCAUGGAGCACCAUUACGUAUAGUGUUUGAUUUCAUGUCACAGCAUGCAUACAUUAAAGUCAAUCUUGAUCGGUCGGCUGCUAUGAAAUCAGAGGAGCUGAGUGCAGGUCUGUGUUCAAUACAAAUGUCUCCUGUCUCCUCAGAUGGAGAGGGUUCAGCCGUGAAAAAUGUCUUUCCUCAUACAAACAGACGUACGGGGGGCAGGUGUCAAAUCUUGGUUGGUUUUAAAUGUUUUCUCUCUUUUAUUCUGAAUAAGUUUAUUAAUCGGCGGGUCUGUAUUGUCUCCCUUCCUCCUCCAUAACAGGAGCCUGGUUCCAGUUACCCAGCUUUAUGUCAGUGUGGACGCCAGCACCAAAGACAGCCUGAAGAAGAUUGACAGACCGCUCUUUAAAGACUUCUGGCCACGCUUCCUGGACAGCCUGAAGGCGCUGGGAGAAAAGGUGAGGAAAGGAUUCGAGCUUUUAACCCUCGGCUCACACUCUGUCUGUUUUAGGUUGUAUUUUGGUCAGAGGUGGAUAAGCGCUCGGAAGUGAUUCCUAUUUUAAAUAUAUCUUCUGGUUUUAUAUGUCUAUAUAAAGAAUUAAUUUAAUAUGAACAAAUGAAUGUGUUUUUCAUCUCCAAUAGACACGCCUGUUUAGAACGCACACUUUAUCAAUCAAUACAAGCCUAAUGACAGGUGCACAAAAACUGGUAUAAAAAGGGUAAUAGUCAAUUUUUUUAUUCAUUACUUUUUUAAUGGUUAGGGCUGAAGUUGUUUAAGAGAUACGAGUCAAAAAAAGUAAAGAACAAAAUGUUAAAAAAAUGAUUAUUUUAUGAACACUUGUCAGUACGUCCAUUUUGGGGACCAAGUAGGGUGGACGGAACCAAGAGUUAUUUGCAUGAUUGCAGUCCGUGACUGUAUAUGUUGUGGAGAUUUUAAAAUGUAAUGAUCUUCUGCUAAAGCAGGUAAUUUACAGAGUUCAGCUCGGCUCAGUCAGGGAGUUUUUCCUUCAUGUCAAACUGGUGCAGAAACGAGACACAGGACCUUAAAUGCUGCACGUUUAAUCCCCCGUGGACGCACCGUGGAGGACUCGCAGUGCUCCUCUUUAUAAUAUUAAUGUUUCAGACCUGCAAAAUAUCUCAGCAUCAGGUUUGUAUUCAACAGGAAACAGGACUUAUGUUCUGGCGCAGUCAUGUGAUCGAUGAGUGAGGAUGCAGCGUUAGUGAGCACAAAGGAAAGAGGCUUUAGUUUCCGGGACACAUCUUUAAUGCAGGAGAGUCCACUUCUCCUCAGCCAGAACCAGAAUGCAUUAGUUUUAUGGACCUCGUUGUGGUUUGGGUGUGUUAGAUACAGACCGUUACAAAAACUCACUUGAAUCGAGUUUUAAAGUCGGGAUCACAGUCGCUGUUUUGGGGCCACUGACAGUUCAGACUCAGGACGUCGGAGGAUCUGGACUGAAGUUUCUAACUGAUAAAACACAAAUUCUCUUUUUGGUGAAAUUUAAUCUCUGACUGCAGAUCAGACGGUCGGAGGCGGCACCGUCUCUUCCAGCAGAUUCAUCUUUAUGAGAUUUGAGUGAAUGAAGGUGGAGGAGAAAAGCUGUGGCCUGAUUGAUUUCUGUCAGAGAGCACAGAUAGAGAUCCUUCAUCCACUUCCUGUCCUGCUUAUCCUGAUUGGGGUCACGGAGGGCUGAAGCCUCUUCAUGGGGUUCAUCCUUCACAGGUUACCGGUCAGUCUCAGGGUUUACACCUACAACAAGAAACCAGACACGCUCAUACCUGCAGUUCAGAGUCAGCAGUCAGCCUAAUAAGCGUGUUUGUACAGCGGGGAAACUCUCAAACAAGACAGACGCCCUCUUUCUUCUUCUCUCUUAAUGCCAGUUUCCUAGAGGUGUCAGUAAAUGCCGAAGAGUCCUGAGCAGAGGAGUUAGAGGUGCUGAAUAUUAUCGAUUCUCUGAGCUUUAAAAAGUGCAGCUUUAUCAGACUGAUUAUCAACGUGUUCCUCUUAUAGCAGUUUUAAAAUACUGCCCCCAAUAACCUUGUGUGCCUUUUCAUCAUUCCCGAGCAGAGGGAGUCCAUUAUCACAGUCUGCAUCAGACCUCUUGUGUAAAUCGAUUCUAUCUGUUCGUGUUUCCUAAAAAGAAAAAGAGCGACGGUGUUUCUAUGAAACAACCUUGAGAAAGACGUAAACAGUGGAGUCUCUGUUAGGGAGUCUGUGUUACAGUCAGCCGUCCUCUAUUGGCCGACUUCCUAAUGUUUAAAGCUUUAGCAGACAAAAGACAAAUUCAUUAUCACCCAGCUGGAGGUGUUUUUAACUGCACCGCCUGAGACGGAUCUCUUCCCAUGGAUCAUUGCUCUCUGAUUGCUCCUGGAUCACCAUCUCCACCGCAGGCCUGUGUGUAAAAUCAGUGUGAGGUGUCUGCAGGAGCGGGCGAACAGCGGGAUCGUCUUAGCAUCAGAUAGAUCAAUAUCCUUGCAGCAUGGUCGUGAAGUCCAAUUGUUCCUUUUCUGUCUCUGCAAAGUCUGAGGCAGUUUUCACAACAGUCAUAUGAAGUGUUCACACAGCCAGCGUAACAUUUUAUAGACCCCUAUAGACUCCUGCCUGCCUGCAGUCUAACACAGCCUAACUAGAUGCAGACAUAGAACCGCGUCCUGGUUGGGAUUCUGUUCACUUCCUCUCUGUUUAACUAUUUAUGAGGAAACGUCAGGCAUAUGUAAUGUGUGGUGCAGGACAGGAGAAUCACACUUACACAGUAACACACCCACUGCACAGUCUUUGGAUCACAAACUCAUGCAUGACUCAGCUGAAGACGGCGCAGUCAGAGAAGCUUGUACGGAGGUAGGGGCGUGCGAUCGGACGAUUUUAGAUCGUGACGGAUUAAGAAGUGACGACGCACAGAGAUCGUAAAACUGUCUUUAAACCGCAUUGUAUCCCUAACAUGUGUCUAAAUAAAUUUCUUGCUCUUUCAAAUCAAAAUUUUAGAAGUUAAGAGAGCACAGUUUAAUUUACGAGUUGUUAGAAGUGACUACAGAAGCGGAAAAAUCUGCUGAAAUAGGACAGAAAACUGAAUCUGCUUCCUCUGUUUUCUCUUUCCCUCUAUUCCACAAAGUGUUUAUCUAAUCAGGCUCACUCAAACACACAAGGCCCUCCCCCUCGUUCCUUAGUAAACAUCCAAUCACUGUUCAGUAUGCAAAUGAGCCAGGAAGUCUGAGCCAGACUAUGUUGUCAGGUCUCAGCAUGAAGCCGUAAGAUUUUAAAAAAGCAGUGGAGCUUUGCCAAAUUCGUCUGAGUGACUCGUGAGGAAAGUGAUAAUUAACAACAACAAGUAACGUGAAAUAUAAAAGUGGAGAGGAAAAGAGAGAGAGGAGUGGCUGUAAACAAAAAAAUAAAAGAACCAGCCAAAAAAAUAAAAUGAAAUGCUCUGUAUCUGUUGUAAAACUAACCUCCAUUUUUAUAAAUAUUAACUGUUGUGUGUGAAGUCUUAUUUUAGGUCCAAAUUUAUUUGAUAAUGAGACCAUCCAGUUAAAAUAAAUGUUAUGCUGUCUGUUGUUAAAAUCUAGAUAUUUUAUUUUAUAUAUUAUUUCUAUUUUUCUGUGAUCGUGAUUUUGCAAAAAAAAAAAUGUUAUGAAUUUUUUUCCAUAUCGCCCGCCCCUAUAUGGAUGUUACUCUGGAGCGUAGAGGUUAACAGUUUGAUCCGUGCUCUUCUAUCCGACACACUCAGUACAAACGUGUGUGUGAUUUUGAUUGAACCAGGUCCUGAUGAGCAGCCUCCUUCUCCUCCUCCUCCUUCUCCUCCUCCUCCUCCUCCUCCUCCUCCUCCUGCAGUGUACGAAUGUGUGUGAAUAAAAGGGUUAAAGUAGCAGCGCCGCGGUGUUAAACCCUCUGAGUGGUCAGAUGCGGUCCAAUUACCACUUGUUCAGCAAUCUCAUGUCCAUUUCACACAUUAGGCCGACGAGGGAUGACUCCAGAUUUAAAGACUCUGCUUAAGAAAAUGUCAGCACAGAUUUUAAUCAUAGAGCAGCUCUGUCUCCUUCUUCUUCUUCUUCUUCUUCUUCUCCAGAAUCAAUUUGUCUCUUUAUGCGGCGUGACCAUAUUUCCUUUCUGUGGGGUUGACGUGUUUGAAGAGUUAUAAUUUGGAUCACUCUGCUGGUCUCUGAUCUGUCUGUUUAACUAAAGCUCAUUGAAGGAGCGAAGGAAAUUCAAAGCUUUAAUAUUUUGGUUAUUCUUUUUAUGUGCUUCACUUAAGUGCCCGGUAAUAAUGGAUUUACACGGAGCGGUUUGGUUGUUAAAUGAAGAUAAAACAGAAGAGGGCACACACAUAUUCACAGCAGGACGUGGUUUGGCUCUUGGCGAAUCCAAACAUACAUACAUAUUUUAUAAACGGGUUGAAUAUUUAAUUGUAAAUCUCAAAUUUUCUGAGUUUGAUGACUUUAAAAACAUUUUUCUUCCACUGGACCUUCUCCCUUAAAUACAUAUGUUUUUAAUGUCACUGAAUUCUCUUUAAUUUGCCUCAGAGUGUGGGGUGUGUGUGUGUGUGUGUGUGUGUGUCUGGACUUGUAUAUUCGGUGAUAUGGUUUCUCUGUGUGCAGACUCACAGUUUCCCAAAAUAAACUCCCUUCAGCUCCAGAUUCCUAAGUCUCCAUUUCACGGUGAGCUCUAUCUCCAUCCUUCCUGAGCUCUUACCCCUCCUCCUCCCCUCUCUCUCUCCUCCCCCCCGACAGCUCUCCUCCACCUGGCCUCUCUGUCAGAGGAUUGAUAGAGUUGUGCCUCGGUGUCGUAUUUGGAAUAAAGACAGCUUGAAAUAUCUCACCUUCCCACUUCCACCCUCCAAUUAUCCGUUUCCCCGCUGGGCUGAAAGGAGCUUGUCUUAUAGAUAAUUUUCCAUAGAGAUGGAGGGAACAGUGCUCUGUGCUCUCCCAUUGUCAUUUACCUGUUUCUUUGUGUAAUCUUUAUUUGAAGUACACUCUGUUCCUCCACAUGCCGGUCUGGAUCAUAAUCCUCUUUCUUCUGCCUCUGAAUUCAGACCACAGAACAGGCAGUGCUUCAUUAAAGUUCGACUGAUGACCAGAUCCAUUUUUCUUCUCAUAUUCUGCACAUACUGUCAUCGUAAAAUACCAAAAACUCUCUACUCUAAUAUAUUUAUUUUAAUCGCAGCACAAACAGUAUGUGGAGAGCAUAUAUUAAAAUGUGAUGGCCCACUUGUUUGUGAUAAAGUGCACUGAAAACACAAAGACUGAAAUGUUUAUAGCUGCAGGAAGUAUUUGUUAUUAAAGCAACGUGUUUUUUUUUUACCCAUUCAGAAUUCAGACGGUGGUUCAGAGACUCGGUUGUUGACUCUCAUUCGUUGAGUUUUUAAUUGUUUGUUUUUGUAUCUGCUCACACAGCAUGCUAAUUUAAGAAGUCAGUAAAAAAAAAUCUGUUUAACACAAUAAACAGGAUUUCAUUCAAAAUAUCGUUCAGUUGAGCUUGGUAAACCCUGAACAUAUGCAGGUCUGCUGCAGCAGUCGCUCGACUGUCAGUAAGCAUGCAUGGAGGCAGACAGGAAGCAGGUGGUGGGCGGGACAUCUGUGCAGGAUGAGGACAGAUGUACCUGAUGACAAACUAUGACAGCCGGAGAUGCUGAGGUGUAAAUCAAUCAGCUGUCCAGUGGAGAUGGACAUCAGACAAGUUAGAUAAGAUAAGAUAAGAUAGUCCUUUAUUUGUCCCACAGCGGGUAAUCCCAGAUUACAGCAGCAUAUAAACACAAAAAGAGAAAUUAGAGGAUGAAGAAACUUUGAGUUAAAAAAGAAGAUACACAUGAGUAUCAUUUACAGAUGUUCAGUACAUGUUUGAUAUGUUACAGUGGAACAAUUGGAGAUAUUAUUAAGUACGACUUUAUCCACAGAAAAAACAUAUGUGUGUACAGAAUAAACAUGUGUAACGUUAGCUGAUGUUAACCAAAGGUGUGUUAUAACAACAAAGUCCUGCAGAACAACAGACUCACACUUCAGCCUUCAUGUUUCUUUGGAUCAGACCGUUAGAUAUCACCUCAAAAUGAAAUUCUCACCAAACUCAAAUUACAAUUUCAAACAAAUUCUGUUUUCUUUCUGUUAAAAAACUAUAACUGACAAAAGAAAUGACUGAAAAAGAGUUUUUAGACUUGGAUCUUUUUGAGUUCAUCUCAGAGCCGCUUGUCUAAAACUUCUAUCCGUCUAUUUCCUUCUGCAGCGGUCCUACCUCUGCUCCUGAUCCGCCUCCUUUGUGGGAUCAGUUCUGAUUCAUGAUCAAUAAAUAAGUUUAAAUCACUUUAAAGUUUUAAACUUUGAAAAGAGGAUUUAGUUGCACUUCAACACUUCCAACAUCACUGAUUUAUUUCCCAGCAGUGUCACAUGUUUCCGUCUGCCUUUUGUUUUAACCUGGAUCUCUCUGUGUGUCCCUUCAGAGACAGAGGACGGUCUACAGACUGACCCUGGUCAAGGCCUGGAACGUGGAGGAGAUGCUGGCCUACUCUGAGCUUAUUGCUCUGGGUCAGCCGGACUUUGUGGAGGUCAAGGUAGGGUUCACGGAUUUCAUAUCUGCUUGUUUUUUUCUCCUUUUCUCUCUUAAGUUUAAAUCCAGUAUCUGCAGAAGUUCCACUUUUAUCUAGUUUCUCUGAACUUUGGUGUCUGUCAGCGAGCAAAGGCUGUCUUCUUUUCUCCUCUUUGAUGAUUUCCCUCAAGAAAAUGAACCGCCAUUCGGCUGUUAAAUGACAGAAAUAAGGAAGUUAAAGUCUUAGCGCAUUAUCACCUACCACAUCGACUCCAUCUGCAAUUCUUUAAGUCUACAGUUCAGACAUUAAAAAUGAGCAUAAAUAUCUCAGACACAAAGUCAGAAGUAGAACUUAAUGUAAAUUUAAUUAGAGAAAUUUCCCUAAAAUCUCAAUUCAAGGAUGAAAGACGUCCUUAAAUAUUUAUAUUAAAAAAAAACAUCAGCAGCUUCUUCACGGCUGAACAAACAUCCUUAAACUCAAAGAUAAACUUUAUUCAGGUUUUAGUGCUUUUAAUUUGAAAUGCUUUCUGAUUUUAUGAUACUUAAAGGACCACGAGGAGAGUUUUUUUGUCCUUUGAGGUUUUAUUAUCUCAAACCUUGAGAGUCUGUUUUCACUAAAGGAAAUAAAUGUUUGUCUUCCAUCGUGAAUCACGGACUUUGUCGGUGACAGACUUCCCUGCUUGGCUUUGUUUGCCAGUUUUCCAUCGAGUUAAUGAGACUCUGACUGAUGGGCGUACCUUUGUUGCUUUUACGUUUAUGAAAUCAGCUCAGACUCGAUUUCCCCGUCUGAAGAAGGAAACGCACCGACAGGUUGACUGACACUCGUCACACUGACAUGUUUGAAAGACGGAGACACUCACUCGCUCACUCGCUCACUCGCUCGCUCACUCACUCAGCUCCAAACAUCAGAUUGAGUUUCCUCUCCAGGUGGAUCUCUGUCAUGUUUCACCGGAGCGGCAGUAUCCCGGUCAUUUGGUGGGCAUGAUAAUAAUAGUCGAGGAAGGGGCACCCACUGGCAGCCGGAGCAGUGGUUGUCAUGGUGACAAACCUGCCUGAGUCAGUGUUCAUUAUUCAGUGCUUACCAUUAAGUUUGAAUGAAAAGGGGCAGAAGUCGCUGCAGUAGAACUAGACCCCACAGUUCUUCUUCCUGCCUGCCGUCUGUUCUGGAUCUUGUCUGUCUGUCUGAGGUGGAUCCUGGUCGGACUUAAUGGGAUUAUGUGCUGAAGUGUUUUGUGCUCCAGGGUUAUCACUGUCCAAACUUCUUCUACCAUCCUCUGCUUAAGUUAUAUUUCAUAUUUCUGCCUCCUUCUGCCAGCACACAUGAUCCGUGAAAUGGAUUGAAUAUAAAGAUCUCAGAAAUGUGAUUUAAGCACCUGUCCUGUCCGGUCCAGUCCAGUCCGGUCCGGUGGCUUCAUAUCUAAACAUAAUGCUCAGUGUGAGUUUCUCUGCAUCCUGAUUUAUGCCUGUAAGAGCAGGAAUAAUUCAACAAUGAUAUAAAUCCGUUAUUAUUUAGAGCUCAGAGAUGUUUUUCAGAGGAGAGAGGACGGAGGAGAGAGAAGAGAAAUCAGAAAGCAGACCUCACAGAUAUCAUUAACUGAUCAGUUAUUGUAGGAAAUCAGACUUUACUGAACCUUUACAACAUAAACAGAGGAACCUUAAAACAGUCGCUGAGGGGGGCCUUGAAACAGACUCAAACAUACAUCGAUUUGUAAACAGUGGGGAAUCAGGAAAGUGUCUGACGUCAGUGUUGGGAAUGAGUUCAUAACUGUUUGAGCUGCUGUUAAUCAGAGCGAUCGAUGAUCCACCGGUGAUCAGCUGAUGUCGUCAUCAUAAACAGACACUGAGUCACAUGACGCUCCUGCAGGCGUGGCGUCUCUUGUCUUAAGUUCGAGUUUUGACUGGUUUUAGUUCUUGAACUUUAGAUGUGGUUCAUCGACCCUCUUUUCUCUCAGACUUGACUCCGGCUCAUUUCUAAUUAGACCAGCUCAGCUGAUUGUCUCCGCCUCAAACAGAUGGACCCGACCUUUGAAGUUGAGAUUUCGUUGUGUUUUAUUUUUACUUCAGAGGUCUAAUUUGUUUUCAGCUGAUUUGUCAGGCCCUGUCCUCCUCCUCCGUCUCUCAUCACAUGUAUGACCUGUUAAAACUCCUGCUUUAAAGGCGAGCAAACAUCUCGAAGGCUCCUCAUUGAUAAAGUUAACAUUCAUGAGGCACCUUUGCCCACUCGGGGCCUCCUCCUGGGAUUACCUCCCCUCCUCCUCUCAUUCAUAAACCAGAACACAUCUCUUUGCUGCACUCUCUCGGUCCCCACUGCCUGGAGCUGCUGCAGCUUUUACUUCCUGUAACCUUCGUUUUCCAGGCUGCCCGGAGUCACACAAACCCAGCCCAGUACUGCCCAGGAGGGUCCUGGUCUUAUUAGCUGAUACCAGGAUGGAGCACAGAGGGGUCAAGUGUUUGACUGAAGGACACCUUUACAGUGUGUAAUGAGAGAGAGGGAAGGGUCCGAGUGAUACCUCAGCACGGCGAGUGUUAGCUUAUCCUGGAAACGGGGUCGAAUUAAACAGCUUCAAAAUGGAAGAAAAACACGGCGUUCUACCAGCAGAGGUUUGCAAACAUGAAGCUGUGCGGGAACAUUAGCAUUUGUUGUGCUUUUCUUCUCAUUUGCAUUUUCACAUUUUUCCCUCAUUACCCAGACGUUCACUGGAGUAAGCCUGUAUGCAGGCGCACACAGAAAACAAGAGAAAACACUGCAGCAGAGAAAGUGCCAGAAAACUCCAGUUUACUCUGAAACCGUGUGAACGCAGGGAGACCAUGACAACUGUAGAGCUGUACACAACUGCUCUAUUCAUUGUAUUCAUUCAUUCACUCGUUUACCAUUUAAAAAAGAAGAUUCUCACUGUUCUCAGGUCAAAUAUUUAUAUGCGAUUAAUUGCGAUUAAUUAAUUACAAAGCCUCUGAUUAAUUAGACUUUUUUAAUCGAGUCCCAGUCCUAAUAAAUAUACAAUACUGUCAGUGCACACAUCACUUUACCACGGAAAACAAAGAAAUAUGAAAACAGCUCCUAUUGUUUUUGUUAUAGUUUAUAUUUUUAAGCAGGUAACCGAUAACUUAUUAACAUUUUAAAGCCUGACUCCCUGUUUGGAUCCCUGUUUAAUCCCUCCAGUCUCCUUCUCUCUCUCUCUCUCUCUCUCUCUCUCUCUCUCUCUCUCUCUCUCUCUCUCUCUCCCUCUCUCUCUCUCGUCAUCGUGCUGAGCGUGCAGAUCAGACCCACAGAAGUGAACGAAACUUUAAUUUAGAGGAAAACCACGAUUGCUGAACUUACUUGGAUGGAGAUGUGCGGUCCGACCGCAGAGACUCCAGAGACUGGAAGUAAUAAUGUUGUAGCCUUGAGCAGGUUAUUGAUUUAACUGUUCGGACUUGAAAAUUUAGUGUAGCGCUGUUUUCAGUCAGCCCUGCCAACAGAGAAGCAGGUGUGUAAAGGUAAACACUCUCUCUCUCCUAAAUCCCACUUAUUCCCUCUUUUUUAAUAAAACAAUAAAAUAAUAAAUUUUAAUAAAUUCAGUUCAUAUUUAUUUUACUGUCAUGAUAGGAGGAGCGGUCAGGGUUUGCUCGGUGAUGCUUUUUGCUUUUUCACUCGUCAGCACCCGUCCGUGUCGUUAAAUGAUCGCCAAUCCGUGUUUAUGUGGAUUUUUAUGUUCGUCUCUUCGCAUGACUUUUUUUUUUUUUUUCCUGCAAAAGCACCAUCGAAGUCCAGGGCCGUCAGAAAACUGCAGCGGGGACCAGUUUUCUGCUCAAAAUAAUGAGAAGAGGGAGCUUUUGCUGUAAUGAGGGUUUCCUGUGGUUUUGAAACCGAACCUUUCUGUAGGGGCAGCUGAGGAUGGAGGGAGGAAUCCGGUGUGUGGGGAGCUGCUCUCAGUUUCCCUCAUGAAACCUUAUUAGAGGAUGUUGCUGGUCCUGAAGCUCGUUCUUAUGUUACAUCUAAUUAAGCUCUUCUCUCUUCAUCUGUCCUCUCCACGCCGUUAAAACGAACCUCUUUAUCUUAAAUCAUGGAUCUCUUCGUCUGUUUUAACUCUUCUUUUAAUGCCUUUCUGAGAACAUUUGACAAACACAGCUGUUAUCGUCUUUGAGGUUACAGUUUUGGAGGUUUAUUUUAAAGACCUGAUGCAAACAAAAGUUCUAUAACAUGUCUAAUAAAUCAGAGGACAUCGAACAAAACGAGCAGUCAUGCAGCAGCAGCAGGUUUUUAGUUACAGGCCUUUUUGUCUUUUUGUCAUUUCUCUCUCUUUGUACAGAGUUCGUUGUUUUCUCUCCUCUCCUCAGAUUAAUUACUUCUUCCUUUUCUUCUUUGACUCAUCCUUCUUCAUUUCCGUCUCUUCUAAACUCUCCUACUUCAGCAUCCCUCUGUUUUUUCCUCUCGUUCUGUCAGAAUCUGCUCGUCUACUUGAAUUUGUCACGCUCUGUAAAUGUCAGAGCAAUUUUUAGCCGACUGUGCAGAAUUGAUUUAACCAGCUGUGCGACAAUGAAAAGAUCCCCAUCUCGCUCUCCUCUGAUUGGCUGACAUUAAGAUCAUCCUGCUUACUCAAGUGUUGUUUUAUUGCUACUUAGGUAAGCAAGGAUAAGCAAGUGUCGGCGUCAUAAUCAGGUAUAUAUGAGUUUCUGUUUAAGGUCAAAAUAACAUACACUCCUUAUUCUGAGGAGAGAGUAAAACACUAAUGAGACACGGGAGAACAGAGACACUCAUAAAAUCAAAGUGUCAGCUGAGAUUAUUAUUAUUAUUAUUAUUACCAAUGAGCAUCCUCGCUGUUCAUUCGUUCAGUCGUCUGAUUUCACUAAAACAACCGCAGAAGAAGAAGAAGAGUCGUGUUUAAGUCUGUGCUGUCAACAAACCAACAAACACGGGCCGCACUACGCUGCUGCUACGCUCCAAAUCCGCUGAUCCUGGAUGAGAUACCCAACGCUGCUUUACAGAGCACAUACGGAACAACGCGUUCGAUACGAUCCUGUGUGUUUUCAGCUUCACUCUCAUUUCUGUCUGAGUAUUUAAAGUGUGACCGUGACUGAAGACUAAAACCCUCUCCAGAUCCUGAUCCUGAAUCAGCCUCACAUGCAGAGGUGUGGAGUCGCAGUCAUGAUGAACCUUCACUCUCUCUCUCUCUCUCUCUCUCUCUCUCUCUCUCCUCAUAUUAUCCGCCCUCAUCACCUCUCGUCCUCCGGCCAAUCAGCAGUCUAACAUCUUGUUUCUGGAUAAAUGAAUCAGCAUCAGAAUCCGGUCAUUAGUGUGUCCCAGGAUGGACCGGUGACAGAACCAGAUCAGCAGGUCUCAGAUUAGCCUUCAGCGCUGAUUGAUGGAGGACUGUGGCGUUUGUAGCGGUUCAUUAAGAAAGUAGACACAUGACCAAAAGAGGGGAUCUCUGCGACGAGGAAUAAAACUGAAGAUGAAUCUUUGUUUUUAUAUUUUCACCUUUAAAAUCACAGAAAUGUGACGGUAAGAUGAACAUUUUCAUCGGCAGAUCAAUAAAAACUCAAAAUCAAUCAGAAACACUCAGAAAUUUCCUGAUACAGAAAUCCUAAUUAGACCGUUUGUUUGUUUGAUUAUUUUGUGUCGCUCACUGAAGCUCCUGAUUCUGUUUUUAAAUAAUCGAGAGUUUUUCAAGUUUUAACAAGAUUUGUUAAUUAUAUACUGAAAUGCGCGUCAUGUUGAAUCAUGGGUAAUUGUUUCAUAAUCAAUGAAAAUAAUGAUGAUUAUGAUUUUUGUGUUUAAUGAUCAGACAGUCACUUCAGUGUGUAGUUUGUGUGUUUCUUCUUCCACUCUGACACGAUGAGACUCUUCUCUCUGGGGUCGUUUUUCUUUCUCCUAGUUAACCUCAGUAUCAGCGUAUGAUUGUGGUCGAGGUCAGGAGGUCGAGACGAAGAAAUGAUGUUUGUGUGAUCUUUACUUUAUCAGCCCGUUAAUGAAUACUCCAUCAUCUCCUCUGGACAAACAAACACUCUCUCUCUGCUCCAUUCCUCAUGUAUCGUCCUUUUCCUGUCCGGUCUUUGAUUUAUCUUCUCCGAGCUUCAUCAAUACCUCUAACCUGCCACAGGAAAUGGAUCUCUGAGAAACACGAGGAGGAGGAGGAGGAGGAGGAGGAGGAGGAGGAGUUGGUCAUUGGUUAAAAUCCGCUAAGAUAAAAAUCAUCGAACACACACAGAGCUGUAAGUUUAGGUGGUCAGAGGGUCGUGAGGAUCAGCAGUCGUGACUCUACAUGGAUGAUCUGUGAGGAGGUGAGGGUCGCUCUCUCUCUCCCUCUCUCUCUCUCUCUCUCUCUCUCUCUCUCUCCUCCUCCGGCUCUCCUCCUCUUUUAUAUCUCCCUCCAUGAUCCAGUUGUUGGUUCUUUCUCUCAGUUUAUAUCUCAGAGAUCUUCUCCCAUCUCCUCAUAUCUCCUUCUGGUCCUGCCCGGCCCGUUCCUGCUGAUUUAUACAGAGUCCUGGAUAGUUGAUCUUUAUUCAUCGGGCCUCCAGGCGAGGCUGAUAACACCGAGGUCCUUCAUCAAUUCUGUCCAGCUCUCCUCCUCCUCCUCCUGCCCUUCCUCGCCCCGUCUCUCUCUCUCUCUCCAAACUCAACCCCAAAGACACUUUCUGUUUGUGUUUCCUUUGUGCGCUGAAUGACAAGCAGGUGAAAUUACUGCAGAAAUAGCUGCAGUUCUCAGCUGUGGGCAGAGAUCCCCGACGGCGGCUGAGUGGACAGUCUGGACAGAUGUGAAUGGGACACUUUAGAGAGAGUCAGUGUGGGAGAAAUCACUAAACUAAAGGUCUGUGUUUGUUUUCAGACGAACUCUGUCUUUAAUGGUUAUCUACUCUGCUCCUUGGUUCAGGAGGUUCGCCCGGGCUGACCUCUGAUUGGCUCAGGUUUGAUGUCCUGGAACCAUAAAAGGUCAAAAUGUGAUAUUUGGACCUGAACUCUGGAGUUCAGAGCUGGUGAGAUGAUUUCAGUCUGGUUGUUUCUCUAGAGCGGACUCAUUCAGGAUCAUUUAUCAGUCAGUCGUUUACAGUCUCAGUUUAAACGGACUAACCUCAUAAUUCGUCUUUCUCUCUGAAUCAGACUUCUCUCCUUGUUCUCGUUUACAUGCACUUCAGUUGUCCGGUCUUAAUCGGAAUAAGGCGAUAAUUCAGUUUUCUUGAGUGUCAUGUGAACGUACUGAUUGAUUUGGAAUUUCGACGAAUCAGAACUCAGUAUUUCCCACAGCAGGGUCAUUAGUAAAGAAGUUUGAUGCCGACAUGCAACGAUCAAAAUUAUAGUUUUAACCAAAGAGUCCUCAAUUAAGAAGAGUAAGAACUUUAUUUAUCACUGAAGGGAAAUUCAGUAAUUUAGUUUUUUAAUUUAGUUUAAUUGUAUUUAUUUAUUUCAUUUAGUGUCAGCACUUACAACCAGUUCAACUCCAGCUGUAGCCUCUGCAGGUGAGACUCCACCCUCUGAACCGAACCAGUGACCCAGUCGGACCUCUUUAUCGGUCUCUUUGUCUCUGGAGACAGUUAAAGGCUCGGUGUUUAGAAAUGUGAGGAAAGUUUAGCCGUCAGAUUCUAGUUUAAGACUCUCUUGAGGUGAAGCGAUGAUGGACGUUAAGCUGCUGUGAUGCACAGUAGAUCUGAUUCUCAGUUUGUUUAGAGAGAAAUGACUUUGACUGAAUCCUGCUGAGCUGGAGAAUCGAACCGACGACCCGGCGUGAAAGAGCUGCAGCCACCCGGGUCGAGCUGCUACUCCACCGCUGGGCUGAUGUCUCUCCUUCCCUCCGACCUCUAAAAUUAGACCUGAACUGUUGAGGCUGAUAUAAAUGGCUUCCUCUCACCGUCGGCCUCUGCAGAGCCUUCUGGGAGCUACACUUUAUAUUUUCACUUAGACAAAAUACACAAACAAAAACACACACACAAAAUGGCCACUGGUCUCUCCUCCUGAUCUAAAGGUAGAGUGUGUCUCCUCCAAACAGAUGUGGAGGGACGGUGUAAACAUCUGAAACAAAACACAAACACUUCUGACUCUGACCGUCUCUGCGUUUGACUCUGAUUCAUCCAAAAACGGUCUUUUCUCUCUGAAUAAUAAAGCGCCACAAUUAAGUUCCGAUCAUUCAGGAUCUGAAACGCAGAAAUCAAAAGAUGAAGUUGUUGUUGAAAACGCUCAUCGAUCAGGUUUCUGAAAUAGGUCAGUGCUUGUUGUGAAGCUGCAGGUUCCUCGUACACAAUGAGAACAAAAGACUCGGCUCUUUCAUCGCCACACAACAUCUCUCCGCUCCCUCCUAAACUCAUCGAUAGUUGGUCUGUACCAUGGGGAGCUGUUGUUCUCCUCCUCCCAGAGCUCCUCCUGCUAACCAAAGCACAGAUUUGCUCCUAUUGAUCAGAAAACACUCAGCUCUCUGCCUGCUGUUCGGAUCGAUUUUUGUGGCCAAGGCCGCGCUGUUUUUCACUUCCUACUUCAUUUCUCUCAACAGCUGGAGGGAAAUUAUAUGUCAGCUCCAAAGUUUUAGCAGCACUAAUCAGCCGUCCUCGCUGCCUAUCAAGGUUGUUUUGUCAAUAAUUCUCCUCCGACCACCACCCGAGGUUAUUUCUCUGUUUAUGUGUGAAGGUAGAGGAGCUGAUCAUCCUGGUGGGACAAAAGCUCUGAAGGUGUUUCUCUGUCUGAUUGUAAAAGCUUCACCAAUGAAGGAUGCUUCAUGGAGCUUUUUGUCCCUUUAGGCCCCCCGUCACUUCACCAGAGGGAGAGGUGAGCAGGGGAGCACGUUUCCAAGAACAGUAUCGCUGAAGGAGUCGAGCUGUGUCCACUGAAGCUUUUUAUUUUUUACAACCUCAAUUUCAGGGCUCUUCCCACUGACGUACACUCUUGUUGGGUUAGGAGGUUGUCCUGUGUAGGCCUGCAGCUGUCGGAUAUUUGAGUAAUCAAGUAUUCUCCAGAAUAUUCCUUGAUUACCGUAUUUUUUGCACACUUAUCAUUAAGACGCACUUAAAAUCCUUUUGGCUUGUCGGAGCGCUGCAGCUACCGUAGCCUCGCAGAGUUAUUGAAUGAGUGAAAUAAAGUUUGACUUUUCUGACUGUUUUGUUUGGCUUAAUGCGCUUUAUAAUCCGGUGCUCCUUAUGUAUGAAAAUAUAUGCGAAUAGACACGUUCAUUGAUGGUGCAUCUUAUAAUCAGGUGCGCCUUAUAGUGCGAAAAAUACGGUAAUUGAGUAAUCGGACAAAACAUAAUUUUUUUAGUUAAAGUGCAAUUAUUAAUAUACAAGAGAAAAUAAGACAUUUAACUUAAAAAUGAUAAUCAAUUGUUUUCCUUUUUUUUGGAAACGAGGAUCGCGGAACAAGUGUGUCGGUUAGCCGAUUGUAAUGUUUGUAAGAAAGCUGAUUAUGAAAUUAACUUUCAUCAUGUCUUCAGAGAUAUUAGUGUCUCAGAGCUGAAUAACUCCUGUUACCUGUUUCUUCUACUACGCCGUCAUUGUUAGGCUACAAGCUAACAUGAAGAGGAGUGUUCAGAGCAGCGCUGACUCCGCCCACAACUCAGAGAAUCAGAAUCAGAAUCUCAUUAUUGUCCCAAAGGGAAAUUAGUGUUGCAGCAGGAGCACACACGAAUCACUAAUGACGAAUUUCUGAUGAGCUUUUGGAGCUCUGCAGAAGAAAAGCUCCUCUCUUCAUUCAUUUUUUCUGCUCCACAAACCAAAACUGCGUUUACUCCUCCUUCUACCGUGGUGACGGGAGCGCGGUGUGUCACCUUGAAAAUAAUCCGUGUGAAACAGUGACGAUUAGAGUUUAUUACCAAUCAUUUUUUGUAAUCGAGGUCCUCGAAGAAUCGUUUCAGCCCGAGUCCUUCGGCAGUCCUGCUUCCCUCAGCAGUGUUCAUAAGGUCUGAUUUACAAAGCUUCAUAUAUUAGCUCAUUCAACGACUUUAUACUAAAAACAAAAGACUGAAUUUAGGUCAUGUGUCUUUGGACCUGAAAAUUAGACCUGAGAAGAACUGAAAAAUGAAAAAAAGGGUUUCUGAAAGAAGAAUUUACUGACGUCAAAGACAGAUGAAGUUACCACCGUGUGUUUUAUGACUGAAUGUUUGGAUGGGAUGGUCGAGACUGUAUCAAACUACCGAGGACCAAACCAAUGAGUCUGGACGACGUGUCUCUGAUGUUAAAGUUCAUAAAUCAAGAAAAUUAAGAGGAGAUGGACUUUGUGUUUUCUUGUUUGGGUAAAUUUGAAAGGCUGUCUGGGAAUCUUAUUAAAAAAACUGUUCAGCAGAAGCAGCUGUCAGAGUUUUCUUGAAAUCACAGCUGAUACUAUCUGAAUUAUAUUCUCUUAAACACUUGAACACCUCUGUCAUCGGCUGUGUCACCUGUGUCAAACUCAUUCCCGUCUCACUCCUGAUGGCGUGCUCUCUCGUCCACAGGGAGUGACGUACUGCGGAGAGAGCUCUGCCAGCAGCCUGACCAUGGCGAACGUCCCCUGGCACCAGGAAGUGGUCGCCUUCGUACAGCAGCUGGCGGACAUGUUGCCUCAGUACGAGAUCGCCUGCGAGCACGAGCACUCCAACUGUUUGCUCAUCGCGCACACGAAGGUAAGAGAUUUAAUAACGACUCGAGCGAGAGAGUGAGGGAUAAACGCUUCCUUGGCAACAAGCAGAGAAGAUUAAAUUUUCAUGACUUCUUUUGGUUUCUUUUAUUUAACAACAGUGUUAAAGUAGGACAGUGAAUCUGCUGCUUUAGCUCUGCAGAGGAACUUCAACAGAUCGAUCUGUGAACACCGCUGGUUAAGACUUCAAAAGUUACAACAUGCACCUUUAAUCAUGUUCUCUGAUUUACUUAUUGUUGUGUUCAUAAAGUGCUGGUUAUGAUAAAGAUGAAGCAUUUUUACAUUUGGUGUUUUUGCACAUUCAGACUCUGGUUUUGAGCUUCAGCGUCUCCUCGCUCAUGUGAUCCAUUAUUCUGCUCAAAUUCCCUCUUUAUCUCCGUUUUCUUUCAAAGCAGCGUUUUCACCCGUCCCAGAAACUCCCUGCAAGUUUCCUGUCCUGAAAUUGGUGUUAUAAUUUAGUCUUGUUGUAUUAUUCAUAAACACAGAGUCUCUCCUGUCUGCCUCCUCCUCCUCCUCCAUCAGAGUGCUUUAUUCUGUUUCACUCCGUCAGUGGUGGGUUGUGCUCGGCCAAAUGUUCCUCAAUAAUUAAUGAACGAUGAUUAAUUACUGUCUCGGCUCUCUCUGACAGAGUCAAAAUUUUAAGAUGGCCAGCUUGGCGCCCCCUUCGCUCACACACACACUGAGCUGGUGUGUUUAUUCGAGCUCCCAGUCCGCCUUUGUUUCUAUUUACUGAAUCUGUGUUUACAGGAAACCGCUGCAGAUUUGUCUGUGUUCUAUUUCUGUCUGUUAUGACUUACCUGGAAAACUGAAGAUGAUGUUGUUCUGCUCAGUGAAGUGGUUCUGAUGUUUUUAUAUGAAAAUGAAAAAGACGUCCAGAAACUGAAGAGGAGCUGAAUCUGGUUUUAAAGAAGCUAAAGUAUCUUGUGAUUUAAGAUCAGAUUGAGUUUAAACACGACGAGGGAAGACGACUUUUAUAGGAGGAUCUUAACGACUCAAAACAUCAGAGAAAAAAAAGGUUCAGAUUUAUUCAUGAAUUUAUUCAAAAGUUCGAUUUUCAGGUGUUUUUAUAUUUGUAGCAUCUGAGCAGAAAUUUUGAGGUCUGUUAUCAGAAAUUUAGUUUUCGUCACUUUUACCAAACACAGCCGACUUACAACUUUACCUUUAUUUUCUGGAUCAACUCACCGUCAAACUACGCCACAGCGUCAGACAUGCUGUUAUCUGUGCUUGUUUACAUCCUGGUCGUAGGGCUGCACGAUUUUAAAAUCCUGAUUUUUUUCCCUGAAAACUUGAUUUUCCGUUUAGUUUUUUAUUCAUAAAUUAAACUCUCGGUCACGUCAUAAACGUUUCUGUCUUUGACUGAAGUGUCUCAAAUAUCGCAGACAUCUGUUUGACAUGUUGGCGUGACAGUGUGAGAGUUUAAAGUUCAGCUGUUUGUUUACAAAGAUCUAAUAAACAUAAAAUACUAAAAAUAUAAUCACUGCUUUAUUAUAUAUCUGUGAUCCUUUAGGCUGGUCUGAAGACCUUCAUCGUCGUUAUCAAAGCGUUCCUGAUCGAGACGAUCACCAAAGACACUUCCUGUUUUCACAGCAGGACGAGGAUCAAUAUUUGACUGGAUUGAUUGUCUCCUCCUCCCUCUUUCUUCUCCAUCCAUCGUUUCCUCACCGUCUCCAUCGUAGUGAUGACCAUUUGUGCAUCAGAUGGUUCGUUUGUCUUCAUACACGCUCUCACACAGAGACACGUCUUCUCUCUCCUCCACAUAGAUUCCUGUUUUAGUUCCUGAUCCUCAGAGGAAGGAUCUAUGUUAUCUAGUCGCUCUGCAGGAUCAGCCGUCUGUACUCUCUGUAUCUUUGAGACUUCAGUGAGGAGCUGUCGGUCUGUUUCAGAGACUCACGCUGUUCCUCUGAUUCUGCUGGUUUUUCACUCUCUCUGUCGUUUUGUUCAGUUUUUCCUCUAAUCAGCACUUUUUAAUUAAAGAAAAUGUGAGUUCGGUUUAUUUCUGAUCUCUGCUGACGGUGACAAAGAAGACAAAUGAUGAAACCAUGUGACUGAAGAAGACCUGAUAUUACCUCCUACUGUUCAUGUGGCUGAUCCAGACUCAGCUGGUGUUACUCUUCAUUUCUGUGCAGUCAUCAAUAAUCGAGCAGCGAGCGGGGAACUGGAGGCUUUUUUUGGGUUCCUCCUGCGAGUGAAGAGAGUCUGAUGUUUUUCUGCUGAGUGUCCUCCGAGUCCUGAAUGAUGUCUCUGUGCAGGAAGACGGUCCAGAACAUGAAGCCCUCCAAGAUCCAGAGUUAACUUAUAUAACAGCUGAGCUCAGAACACACGACAGGGAGACAUCAGGAGACAUCAGGAGACAUCAGGAGACAGCAGGAGACAUCAGGAGACAUCAGGAGACAGCAGGAGACAUCAGGAGUCUCUGAUCCUCAGAUCCUCGUUUUGAUGUUUGAAGGACAUCAGAGCUGAGGAUAUUUAUAUAUAUGUAUGUAAAGGCAGAUCCUCCUAAUCAGUGAACCGUGGCUGAUCCUUGCUGCUUUGACAGAUCAUCAUCAUCAUCAUCAUCAUCAUCAUCAUCAUUAGCUCCUUCUCAUCCCCUGGGAUCUCCUCAUUGAUAGACAUUUCUCUCCUCUUUCUCCUUCAGUUCCUCCUCCCUCCUCUUUUUCAUUUUCCUCCUCUCACCUCAGAUUUCUGCGUAUUUCCUCUCAGACGUGUUAACUUCCAGAUCAUUGCUAUCAGUCGGUCUGUUGUUGUGUUUGCGUGUUUCAAAGUCUGGGGAUGUCGUCCAUUUUUGGAGUCAGUGUCUUCAAAGAUUCAUCAAAGAUCUGCUUUCAGCCUCCUGCUGUGAUGGUGUUCAUGUAGACCGUCAGCGCAGAGAUGAAAUGUUCAACAAACAGGCGAGCCUCAAAAGUUCAGAAUAAAAAUGUUAGAAAAACUUAAACAGCCUGAAAACUGAUCCUGUCGAGCGUUUACCUCAAACUUAGAAGGACGUGACUCUGAGAGCAGAGAGGAGCUGCUGUGGAUGUUUUCAUCGUUAGAGGAUAUCGGACACAUGAUGGGAAACAUGCAGAAGUAACACAACAACAUGAUCGUUUCACAGCGUUAUUAUCAGUGGGACUGAUUUAAAGUCCUGGUUGACGAUCUUGAAAAAAACGGAGCCGUUGAGGCAGAUUUGAAAAAAGCGUGGUCAAAUGUCCUCUUCCACUCCGCCCUUUCCUCUGUCUGCGUUUUCGUCCCUCUUUUGGCGGUGUGGCGAGCAGAAGUGUUUUUUUUUUUUUUGCGUCCUUCUCCAUCACAGCUCCUGUAGCUAAGCUGCUACGCUACUUUUACCCGCUCAGAGCUCCGAGGAGGGCCGUGAGAGUGGGAGGGGACGAGUCGGAACUACGCGAGAGGGGUGUGAUGAAUACAGCGAGGUGAUUGGAUGGAGAGGCGGAGCAGGAGAUUGACCAAUAGGAGCUGUCCGGGAUGGAUGGCUCCCAUUGGUCAAUGUUUUUGCAGCCCUGCACCUGAUAGGGUGAACAGAUUUUUUUCGUUCUUUUUUCUCUUCACUUUGUGGAGAUCGCACUUUAGGACCAUGAUCGCCAUAGAAACGAGGUUCAUAAUAAUUAACAACCUCUACAAUCGUCAACCAUGAUUUUAAGACACAAAACAGGAAAAAGCUGCUGAUAAAUCGAUGAAGAACAGAAGCUGCUGUCUUAGAUUUUAAGUACCUCUGAAGUUCUGAGCAGGAAUUCUGACUUUGAUCGUUUGAUUCGUCCGAGUUUGAACCGAUGUCUGUCAUUCGAGCCGCUGACAUGACGGCGUUUCUCACCUGCUCUGUCCUCAUCAUCGUGUAGAGAUACCGUAGUCGUGAGAACCUCCCUCAGUCUCCUCAUCAUCACAGCCACAUGACUGAUGUGAAAAAAGAGAAUUAAGCGUUUCCUCCUGAAUUCGUUUCCAUGGUGACGGGUUGAUACCGCCUUCAGACAGACUUUACAGCGGGGAGUGGUUUACUCUUCAUCUGAAACUGUGAAGCCAUACCAAUUCAACGACUGACUCGCUCUUGUCCUAUUUAACCACGAAAUUAUCGCCUUCUUUUACAAACGCCAUGUUCGUUUACACUGGUGGAAGGAAGGAGGAGCCUACGGUGGCCUGGAGGGGCGAGACAUGACAGAGAGGAAAAUCGAUUUGAGGAUUGUAAUUAUUCUAACAUCGUCACAGUUAAAUAAUCUGAUUAUGAUUAAAAAUCGAUGAAUCAUGCAGCCCUACGUCAGAUCUGAUGGUCUCCAGUCUCAUUGGCGUGUUCUCGUACACGCUGCUCCUCCCGUCCUCAGCAGAGACCGGUCUUGUUCUCCCCGCAGACAGCUCAGCUCUGCUUUGUUGCUCGGAGACUGAAAUUGUUUGCAGAGAUUCUGGCUGAACAAAUAUCUCUCCUUCUCAUUACCAGAAACAUUAACUCCCAGUAGGCGCUGCUUUCAUACGUUCCCCCUUUUCUCAGGCCUCAUUAGCGAUGCGGCGGGCAGCUCCUCUCUAAUAGCCGAGGCCGGCGCAGGCAUCUGAAGGCUCGAGCGCUUAAUGCGGCCGCUCCCUCAGAGAGCCGUCAUCUCCAGCAGGAAAGUCUUUAACUUUGCAAAUCAAUGUGAGAAGAACAUUGUGGGUUACUCUUCCUCGCUGUAAUUUUCUAAAAAGAAGCUUUAAUCCAAUCCGAACUCUCUGGUCUCUCUGUGUGACACGAACAGAUGUGAAGCAGUUCACAGACGGAGCUGAGCGCGCUCGCCUGGUCCAAUCAGAGCCUCACAAACUGGGAAAGAGAUUUUAGACUAAAUACUGAGAGUUAAAGAGAAACGGCGAUCUCCAGUGACGACUGAACAUGACCUUCUCCAAUCCCUCCGUGAGUCAGUCAGUCAACUCACCAAGGAGCGGUUUUACUUCAGAAUAGGGCUGGGCGAUAAAACGAUAACGAUAUAUGUCGAAAAUUAAUUUCCCUCAAUAUCAGGAUAAAAAACAGUCAAUAAGCUUUUCAAUAGUCGGCAUUCUGACAUGUUUUGGUCGACUAUACGAAGAGUCGGGCUGAGAAGAAAUGCUUUUCUCCUGAUUCGAUUCCUCUACGAUUUUUUAGAUGCCGAUUUGAUUUAAAUGCGAUUCUACAAUAUUGUCGAUGUUCUUGAUUUUUAUUUUGCAUUUGUAACACCUUAAUAAUAAUAAUAGUAAUACACAUUACAUGUAAGUCAGUUUUUAAGAUUUACUCCGAAAUUUGAAUUAAAAAAAAAGAUUUUUGAACAUAAAAAUCGAUUUAAAAAUUGUAAAACAGAAAAAAAUUGCAAUACUUUUGUGACUCAAAAUUUUUCUCCCGCCCCUAACAAAUAGCCAAUGAAAAGGGGAGUGUCUCUGGGUCCACUUUGUCCUGAACCAAUCAUGUGCUGAAUUAUAACCAAGUAUCAAACAGCUGCGUCGUAGCAGACAGCAGCUACACCCAACCAUAGCACUUUAACAUCGCCACGCCUUACGACAAAACGUCAAAGAGACACAAAGACCUCACAAAUAGAUUUUGUAUUGAAAAAGACAUGCGACCAAUAAACUCUGUUAAAUUUCAUUUUUAAUAUCCUGAUAUUUAUCGAUAUCGACUGAUAUGAAAAAAAAAGUCAUGAUGAACUUUUUCUCCAUAUCGCCCAGCCCUACUUCAGAACCAACUCAUAUAUACUCUGAUUCUCUUUGCUUGUCUAUAACUGAGUCCAAAAACGAAUCCAUGGUUGAGUAUCGACUGGAGUGCCCUGUUGCAUGCUGGGAAAGUAAAAGGUCCCACUCCUGAGGAAACAAGCAGGAUUAGAGAUGUCGGAGGGUUUUUCUGAAGCUGCUCUGGUGGUUAGUUUUCUCCUCACGGCCAAUCAGAGCGCUCUCUCUCCCCGCUCCUCCAGUUUUCUCUGAUUUCGUUCUCUCUCAUGAAGCGGACGGUGAGCUGCAUGAAGGAGUCAGAGGCAGUGAUUGAUAAAAAGAGAGAUGUGAGGAGAGAAGGAGAGAGUCCAGGACCAUUAACAGACUUCACUAACCAGAGGUGGCAGACGUGACUCUCUGAUGUUUUCAGAGACCUCAUUCCUCCAUCAUGGUUAUUAAAGCACAUUAAGGUUUCCAGUAAUUAAUCAACAGAUGUCUCCACACUCAGAUUAGUUUAUUUUAAUGAAGAUAUUCGGGAUGUAUCAGAUUUGCUUAAUGUUAGUUAAAAAAGUUCAUCAGCGUCGAAACAGCUCCAGUGAGUCAGCUGUGAGGAGGUCAGAAACAGACAGAAAAAUCACAGUGAGACGCUUCUGAGACUCCUUAACCAGCAAAACAAACACUCAAAUAUGACCUCUAAUAAAGAAGAGGUCCAGGUUUAAACCAGGACGGUCAGGGUUCGAUGGUCUUUACAGUGAGAAGUGUGGAUAUAAAUGAGUUUGAGAUGAUCAUCACGUCUCAUCAGCAGAAUCCAGUCUGGUUCUCCUCAGAAACUCAGGAGGUCUCCUCUCAUGAUAUUGAAUGUUGGUGGACGGGGUGACGGAUGGGAACAUCUUUGACUGUGUUUCAGCUGACUCCGGUGUCCCGAGUGUCUACAGUCGAUGAAACGCAGCGGAGCGAGGCCGAGUUAUCGGCGAUUUAAGAGCGAUAGAUCCAGGAACAUUUGGGCGCUGUGACAGAGGAGGAGCAGCUCAGCUCUCUGAAACAAACACUGAACUGACUUCAUUUUAAAGAACCUCUUUAUUGUUUCAGAGUUUGUCUUCAUGCAGGUCUCCAGGUGUCUGUCCUCACGUCUCCUGCUGUCUCCGUCUCUCUCUCUGUGUGAUUUCAGUUCAAAGUGGACGGCGAGUGGUGGACGUGGAUCGACUACGAGCGUUUCCAGGAGCUGGUCCAGCUUCACGAAGAGAGCGAGGGACGGCAGAGCUUCUCUGCGUUAGACUACGUGGCCAAGACCCCCAGCUGGGCUCUGUUCGGAGCCCGGGAACAAGGUUUUGACCCCGCAGACACACGCUUCCAACGACGCAGCAAAACCAAAGACGUUUCAGGAUGCUGAUGAUGAGAGAGAGAGCGAGAGGAACGAGUGAGCGAGUGAGUGAGUGAGUGAGUGAGUGAGUGAGUGAGUGAGUGAGUGAUGAUAAAAUGAAGGAAAUGAGACUUUCAUGGUUUUAUUUCCAUCUGUUUAGUUCCAGAUUCACAGAUUUACAGCUGCGCUCCGUCUUUCCUGAACGUUUCCUGUUUUUGUUUCAAUCAGAUCUUUAAUUUGAUUGGCUUAGACCCACGAUCGACCCCAAAACUGACAGAAACACUUUAAUUUUCCAGACAUUCCCCUCUUCUUCUUCUUCUUCUUCUUCUUCUUCUUCUUCUUCUUCUUCUUCUUCUUCUUCUUCUUCUUCUUCUUCUUCUUCUUCUUCUUCUUCUUCUUCUUCUUCUUCUUCUUCUUCUUCUUCUUCUUCUUCUUCUUCUUCUUCUUCUUCUUCUUCUUCUUCUUCUUCUUCUUCUAGAUUGUUUUUUACUCUAUGAUCUGAAACGGUGGUCCUACGUAGCUCAGAUCCAGGUGCUGGUCCUCCUCCAGUCCAGUUUGACCACAGAAGACUUUGUUACUGAUUUUUUUACUGAAUCCAGAUCUAGAUCCUGAAUCAGAUCUGAAAUCCUGAAUCCAAAUCUGAAACCCAAAUCCUUUUCUCAGUUUUUAUCUGGAUGUAGACCUCCUCUCCUUUUGUCCUUUUGUCCCUCCUGAUUUGUCCGCUGAGGUCUUUCUUUCUUCCUUCCUUCCUUCCUUCCUUCCUUCCUUCC